GGAGGAGACCGGGGCCGGCUCGGAGGCACCGGCGGGGGCGCCUCUUCCUCGCAGCGGGAGCUGCUGCGCGCCGGUAGCGGCUCGCCUGCCCGCCCCAGCGCUUCCCUUCUAUCCCUGCAGCCUGGUACCGACGCCGCCGGGCGAGGACCGAGCCCGGGCGGACCCGACGCCCCUUCCAUGCCUCUCCAAGCCCGGUAAGCGCUGCGCCCUCGCCGCCUCCCCCUUCGCCCUCUUCUCCUCCUCCGAGGAAAAGAAGCAGCAAAAUCCGCCGCCUCCUGCUGCUGCUUUUCCGCGGUUCUUUCCUCCUGCUCUUAAUCCCAAGAUUUUGCUCUUUGCACGAGCGGGAAGGUUUGCUGGGGGUGGCUCGAAGGAGGGCCGCGAUUUCAAGGAAUGGUGCUUUCCACCGAUCGUCUCCUUUUGCAGUUUUUAAAAAUUAUUUUAAUUGUGGCUUUCCCAUUAAGAAUCGCUUGUUUUGCGUGUGUGUGCUUUUAUAGGCUGUGCGGGGACGCUGAUCUCUCUCCUCCACCCUCCGGAUCAGUUUGGUUUGUAACGUUGUGGGGGUUUUAAAAACGCAAGCGCGAAUGGGUGGUCUGCUGGGGAAGCAAAGCAGCCCCCUGCGGGGUUUGCUUCCUGCUGGGUGUGUUGCGAGCGCUGCCACCUUAAAAUGACAGGAGGUGCACAUCUGGAUUGUGCAGCUGUAUGGGGGCUCCCCCCCCCCCGCCGCCACUUACACACGCAUGCACACACACGCGCCACCACCUUCUGGGGUGCAAAUUGGUCCAGAAGAAUUUGGCCCUUCUGUGUGUUUUGCACGUGUGUGCGUGACAGCUAUUUGGGGGGGGGGAAAGAUCCACACAAACCCCGCUUGUAAAUUUGCACUGCCUCUUGGAGAAUGCUAGGUGUUGUGUGUGUUUUUGUGUGCGUGUGCAUGCAUAGGCGAAAUAUUUAGGGAGAAAUAUGUUUCCUCCUCCUCCCUCCUUUUCGCUAUGCCUGUUUUGUUUGCAAUUUAUCGGUGCUUUUCUCUGUCGGGUGGUGAUCGUGUGUGUGUGUGUGAGAGAGAGAGAUUCCCUCCCACUCCCUCCUUUCUCUUGCAUAUUACAAUGCCGUACACACACACACACACACACACACACACACACGGCCAGAUCGACGUGGUGUUUUUUGUAUUUUGCAUCCUGAGUGGUGUUGCGUGAAGCGAGGACGGCGAUCUCUUGGGAAUAAUCCAUAUUCUAUGAACCUGCCAAUCCUUCCUUCCUUCCCUUAAUGAGAUCUGGGAGACGCAGCUCGACGGCUGCCCCCUCCACCCCGACUUGCAAUUAUUUUGCAAGGAGACCCGUGAAGGGAGGAGGGCUUUUUGCAGGGGAGGGGGCCGGUGGGUUGCCUGCGUGCUUUCCUCUCUUUCCACCUACACCUGCGUGGGCAGACAUCAGGUGCGAUUAACCAGAUAACCACAGGUUCGGCUGCAGACAUCCGUAUCUGGGACUGCCCAGUCUGCCCACUGACUGCUCACAUGUAGUGUGAGAAUUGGGUCAGAGUGGCUGUAGGGUCCUCUCCUGCCUUCUUACUCAUCAGUGGGUCCUGGGCUGUUGUUUUCCCCCUGCAAAUGACUCAGGGGAGCAAGGAGAUUAUUCUCUGUGGGGUGGACGUGUGCUCCAGAUAUGGGGCAGGCAGGCUCCUUGAGCAACCCACUGACCCUUCCCUUUGCCCCCUGCACUUCUUUGCUUCCCAGUCUACAGCUCCGUGCAUGAAUGCUUGCCAUUAUGGUGGGCUGGAUGUGCAGAAGGUGCAGUUGCAAGGCGUGUGUGUGUGUGUGUCUCCGUGUGUGCUCUGCAUGCAAAACAUUUCAUCUGUGUCAAAGGUGGAGGACGCUUCUGUCUUCGCUGCCAAGGCGGAAACCCCACCGAAGAAUUUAGGGCUAAUGGCUAAUGGCAACCCUUCGCCUCAGGGGGGGAAUCUUUGUUUGGGAAGGAUGGGAAUGUUGUGAGGAGACUGAAUUUGCCCCUUGAUCGUUUCUGUCACUGCAUCUCUCAUUCUCUGGCUUCCGUUUGUCGGUCACACUAGUUGGAAGCGGGCUUCUAUAUGGAGUGAGCUUUUGGUUUCGUUCAAUAAUGUGUUUCUGGCCCGAACCAAAUGGGGUUGGGCCCUUGUCGGGGUUUUUUGGGUUGUGUGUGUUGUACAUGCUCUUGAAUACAUCCUUCAAGUGUGAGGAGGCAGUGAAUUGAGGAAGGGCUUGCCCUUGUCUUUCUAUAAUAAUAAAAAAUAAUAAUAAUAAUUUUUAUUUAUACCCCGCCUUCCCCGGCCAGAGCCGGGCUCAGGGCGUCUAACACCAGUAAAAUUACAGUAACAUAAUACAGUGGUACCUCGGGUUAAGUACUUAAUUCAUUCCAGAGGUCCAUUCUUAACCUGAAACUGUUAUGAACCUGAAGCACCACUUUAGCUAAUGGGGCCUCCUGCUGCCGCCACGCCGCCGGAGCCCGAUUUCUGUUCUUAUCCUGAAGCAAAGUUCUUAACCUGAAGCACUAUUUCUGGGUUAGCGGAGUGUGUAACCUGAAGCGUAUGUAACCCAAGGUACCACUGUAGCGGGGAAAAACCAAUUUAAAAUACAGGUUAAAAUGCAAUUUAAAAUGCAGCCUCAUUUUAAAAGUGGCCCAUAGAUCAAAACCAUAAAGGGAGGGAAACAUAAGGGUCAGACUGAGUCCAGACCAAAGGCCAGGCGGGAAAACUCUCUUGCACACCCUGUGGAAAGAUGUCAAGUCCCGCAGCGCCCUAGUCUAUUGUAACAGAGCGUUCCACCAAGUCGGGGCCAGUACUGAAAAGGCCCUGGCCCUAGUUGAGCCCAAUCUAACCACCUUGCGACUUGGGACCUCCAACAUGUUGUCAUUUGUGGACCUUAAGGUCCUCCGCGGGGCAUAAGGGGGAGGCGGUCCCAUAGGUACAUGGGUCCUAGUCCAUUAAGGGUAGUGGUUGCCUAGUGAAAAGGAAUCCUAGAACUGUAGAAUUGGACACAGGGACCCCCAAGGGUCAUCUAGUCCAACCCCUGCAAUGCAGAAAGCAUCCAUGACAGGUGGCCACAUAUAAUGGGACAAAACCAAGUGCUGCUUCCUGGUGGGGGGUUCCUACCAUUGGCAGGCCAUUAGCAGCAAGAAAACUAGUGUUCAGUAAUGAUCUUGACUGGCUGUGGGUUGUGGAGGGAUGCUUAAUUCUCCUUGUGUCUCCCCCCCCCUCCACACACAACCCACCACCAGCUGAUAAUGUAUUGGUCCUGUCAAAAGGAGCUUGUACAUGUGUUGGUUGAUCUCAGAAAUGAAUUCCUGAGUGGCAGCCCAGCCAUUCUAGGAGAUAAGUCCCUUCCUAGCUUCUUGUAAUAAUUUAGAAGAUGGGACCAAGAUUUGGGAAGGUUGGGUAGGCAGCUGAAGGAUUUGCUCACCUCCCAAGCGCAUUACAAUUUAUAUGGAUGCAUUUGUGAUUCCUUUUUCCAAGGAGCUUAGGGGUGUGGGGGGGGGGGUACAUGUAUUUCCCUCAAUCCCCCCCCCCGACCUCCAAUCUAACAACAACCCUGUGAGGUUGGCAGGAAUAGCGACUGGCUCAAAGUUACCUGAGUUGGUCUUUGUGGCCCUGUGGGGAUUUGAACCUGGUUGCCAUGGGCCUAAUCCAGCACUCUAAGCCAGGCUUCUCCAAGAUAGUGCCUGCCAGGUAUUGUGGACAUGGGCUCUCACCAGCGCAAGAUCAUUUUUAUGAACGCAGCAGGCCACAUUCUCAGCGUACAUUUAAAAGCACUACAAAACCACUUUAAAUAGCCACGGCUUUCCCCAUUGGGCCAUGGCACUCACAGUAGUAAGCUUAGUCAGUCAUUCUCUGAACCUAACUUGCCUCGGAGGGGGUUCGUGGCACGGAUAAAAUGCAGGCAGGCCAUGCUUGAGCUCUGAGGAAAGGCAUGAUAAAAAAUAAUCAAAAUAACAUUAAAAACUGAAAAAUGCAUGUUAUCAACAGUUCAGACUAUACCUCAGCAGUUGCAGUGUGUUUGCAGGUGUAGUGUUUGUGGAUUCUAGAUGCAUCUUGUCUCUAGCACAUGGGUUGGAUUAAUGCCUGGGAGAGACCAGGGUUCAAAUCCCGACUCAGCCAUGGAGGGCCAUCUAGUCCAACCCCCUGCAAUACAGGGAGAACCAUGUGUGCUACCAUGUGCUCCUUUAGAGAAGAGGUGGGAUAUAAAUGUGACAUAUAAGUAAAUAUGUGUGUACUUCCUGCUCUGAGACUUAAGUGUCCCAGGAUGCCUUGGGAGGGGAGGCUAAAUCCCAAAGAAGGAUGGAAGUUUUAAGAAGGCAUUUCCCAAUCCAGGCAAAUUCUGGGACAAGGGUUGCCAGGAAUAUUGUCCAGAGAGUAGAGACCACCGGCUUAAAUGUAGCUGCUGUUUCUGGUAGGUAAUGUUACUUGUUAUCAGGGCAACAGUUCUACAUAGCUGAAAUCAAUUCAUUAAAAUGUUCAGUUCUGUUACCGUUGGCUUUAAUAUAGAGCUGCCAUACGUCCGGAUUUUCCAAGACAUUACUGGGAUUUCAAAGGUGGAAUUGAUGUCUGGGAUGCUCAACGGUUUUGGGAUGUCCUGGUUUUUAUUUUUUGAAAUACGGCAACGCUACUUUAAUAGUGAUUAAUGGUGGCAGUCAGCUGUACUUGGAGCACAUCAGUUGGAAUGAAUGAACAGGACUAAGCUAGGCCUUUUAAUUUCAAUGGAUCUACUCUGAGUAAAACUUACCAGCCAGAGCUCUCUCUUUUUCCUCAUCACAAUACAUGUGUUAAUUAGAUCACCAAAUGCCAAGAUGCCUGUGCUUAUCGCUAACAACUGUUUUGCGAAUGUUAAUUAUAGCUGUUAACUCCGGCUGCUAUUAAAAUAUAGCCUAUAUAACUCGGGGUAAUGCUGCAUGCAUCUCAAAAAGUGGACCACCAUCAGUGAAACCUUGUUCCAGGGAUGCGGCUCCUUCAUGGCCUCCAGAUGUUGUUGGACUCCAAGUCCCAUCAGCCUCAGCCAAUACGGCUGUCAGGAAUGAUGGGAUUUGGAGUUCAACUAUUGCUUGAGCAGCACAGGGGUCCCCCCCACCUCUCCUUUUGCCAUGAUACCUUUGAUGCGUCUUUUAAGCUUUGUGGAAAGGACCAGGAAGCUGCCUCAGGCUUGAGUCAGACCGUUAGUCCAUCUAACUCAGUACUGUCUGCACUGACUGGCAGCAGCUCUCCAGGAUUUCACGGGGGAGUCCUCUCCAGGCCUACCUGGAAAUGUCAGAGAUUGGACCUGGAAAUCUGCGUGCAAGGCAGAUGAUGCUGUUACUGAGCUGUGAAAAUGAAAGAUGGAACAAGUUUGUUUUCUCCUCUUUCCAGAGGCUGGGACCUGAACCAAUGUAUUCAAGUUACAAGGGGACUCCGACUAAACAUCAGGAAGAACUUUUCUGGCAGUAAGAGCAGUGAGACAGUGGAACAGACUCCCACAAGAUGUGGUGGACUCUCCUUCCUUGGAGGUUUUUAAGCAGAGGCCGGGUGGCCACCUGUCUUGGACGCUUUAGCUGAGAUUCCUGCAUUGCAGGGGGUUGGACUAGAUGACCCUGGGGUCCCUUCUUUCAAACAUGGCCGAGACGGCGCCCCCACUGGAAAUGGGUACAAUUGAUGGUAGAUCAAAUCCCUUUCAGCCUGGCAGUGGGGGGUUGUUGGGGCGGGGUGGGCUCACCAGGUGAGCCUAGCAGGAACCUGUUUCAGCUGCUGCCAAGCCCAGUAUGGGUCAAAGCCAUGUCUGCUGGAGACACCUUCUGCCUAGUUGUGAGGAUUAAAUAAGGAGGGAGUGAACCAUGUGCACUACCUGGACCUCCUAGGAUAAAAUGGCGGUAUAUACAUUGUUGUUGCUGUUAAAUUAAAAUACAACACAUAAAAAGUGGCUUUAAAACCGUGAAGAAAGACAACAAAGAAUAGUAUACCACUUCCUAGAUAUACAGUCAUACCUCGAGUUACAGACACUUAAUGUUGCACGAUUUCGGUUUGCGCACCGCACCAAACCCGUAAGUAACCGAACGGGUUACUUCUGGGUUUCAACGCUUGCGCAUGUGCAGAAGCGCUAAAUUGUAGUUUGCACAUGUGCAGAAAUGCUGAAUUGCAACCCGCGCGCAGACACGCUGCUGCGAGUUGCAAACGUGCUUCCCACACGGAUCACGUUCGCAACCCAAGCGUCCACUGUACUAUAAUACAGUAGGUUAAACAUUGUAAUGGUUUACUGUUAACAAUUGUUAAUUGCAGUGUUUAACCUACUUUAUUCAUAAAUGAGUUCCAAAUUUCAUUUCACUUGUCCAUGCAAAGCCUACAUCUAUAAGUAAAUCAGCUCAUAGAAUCAUAGAAUCAUAGAGUUGGAAGAGACCACAAGGGCCAUUGAGUCCAACCCCCUGUCAAGCAGGAAACACCAUCAGAGCACUCCUGACAUAUGGUUGUCAAGCCUCUGCUUAAAGACCUCCAAAGAAGGAGACUCCACCACACUCCUUGGCAGCAAAUUCCACUGUCGAACAGCUCUUACUGUCAGGAAGUUUUUCCUAAUGUUUGGGUGGAAUCUUCUUUCUUGUAGUUUGGAUCCAUUGCUCCAUGUCCGCUUCUCUGGAGCAGCAGAAAACAACCUUUCUCCCUCCUCUAUGUGACAUCCUUUUAUAUAUUUGAACAUGGCUAUCAUAUCACCCCUUAACCUCCUCUUCUCCAGGCUAAACAUGCCCAGCUCCCUUAGCCGUUCCUCAUAAGGCAUCGUUUCCAGGCCUUUGACCAUUUUGGUUGCCCUCCUCAUAGUGUAGUCAGGUCUUCAAUCCGUUGUUGAAGAAGAAGAGUUUGGCUUUGAUAUCCUGCUUUAUCACUACUCUAAGGAGUCUCAAAGCGGCUAACAAUCUCCUUUCCCUUCCUCCCCCGCAACAAACACUCUGAGGUGAGUGAGGCUGAGACACUUCAGAGAAGUGUGACUAGCCCAAGGUCACCCAGCAGCUGCAUGUGGAGGAGCAGGGAAUAGAACCCGGUUCACCAGAUUACAAGUCCACCACUCUUAACCACUAUACCACACUGAGAGAAUGGUGUCAUGCAUUUAUCCUUUUGGGGGCUGCAAUGGUGGUAUAGACAUGCAACCAAGAAAUGAAACAAAUGAGCAAGCUGUUCAUGUCCCAUCCAUUUCAGUAGGUCUACUCUGAGUGUAGGACUUAAAACUGGACACAACCUGGAGUGUCCAGUCACACCCAGCGGGGGAGUGUUUGAGAUUAUAUUGGAAGGAUUGGAUGGUGAAGCUGUAGCGCGAUACCCGUGGCAGAGAGGACCACUUUGCAUGGGAAGGCAUUUUUGUGCAGGCUGCCGGCGAUUGCGGGAAUUCCUGCAAGGUGUCUUGUUUAGUUUGCACCGUUGAAAGUAAUUAGCAGCAAGUGUAGCAAUACUGCAGCUCACAUGCUGCAUGUAAUUGAAUUUCCCAGCUCGGAUUUGUGUUAGAUGGCAGUGCUGUUAAUAUGGUAUAGAUUUGCAUUUCCCAUAAUUCCUCAGCCAAUUUAGGACACUUGGCUGUUGUUCCAAAACAGGGAUGGGGAACCUCUGGCUCCGGGGCCAAAUGGGGGUGGGAUCUUCUGAGCGCUCCAUGCCAAUAGUGGGUGGGGUCAGGGACAAAAGUGGGUGGAGCAAUGGACAUAGAUAAAACUUAGGCUAGUUUGUACACACACACACACACACACACACCCUCUCUUAUCCUCCAUUCAGGCAAGCAGGUGCCUUUGUCAAAAUUCAAGGACACAUCCCAGAAAGUACCGUAUUUUUCGCUCUAUAAGAUGCACUAGACCACAAGACGCACCUAGUUUUUGGAGGAGGAAAACAAAGGGGGGGAUUCUGAAUCCCAGAACAGCAAGAGGGAUUGCUGCGCAGUGGCUUCUGGGAUAUCUGCGCAGCCUGCAUUCGCUCCAUAGGACGCACACACAUUUCCCCUUACUUUUUAGGAGGGAAAAAGUGAGUCUUCUAGAGCAAAAAAAUUGGUAGAUCCCACAAGCUUGAAGUCUGCCUGCCCCUGAUUUAGGCCACCUGGCUUGUCUAGGUAAUUUGCACACACUCGUGCAAACAUCGGGUGAUGCUGGCUCUAUGCACAAGAUGCAAAUUUCUGUUCUGUUUCCUUGCUUUUAUCAGAAGAAGGAAACGGAAUGGAUUGCCGAGCCAAGGGCUACGCUUGCUUAUUCUGUCGCUGGACGAAUUCCUAAUAGGGCAGCGGAUAAAGAAUCCGAGAAGGUUUUAUUGCCUCCUCGGACAAAUGUUUCCUAAGCCUUGAGUGACAGACGGAGCCUUCAGCCAGUCUGGGCAGGAAGUCAAAGCUUGCAUUUAAGGGAAGGCGGCGUUGACUGUUCAGCAGGGAGGGGUGAAACGCCACUAUUUAGUUGGCAUUAAGAAAGAAAAGAAACAAAACCGAACCAGGAGCUUCCUGACUGGCUCAAACAGGAGUCGACAGAGACAGCCAGUCUGAUGUGCUAUUUAUAUUAUAUUCUAUAGAUCCCCAUUAUGCUUCUUAAAGAAAAAGAAAAAGUUUGUUCCCAUCUCAGGGAGGUGGGGAAGGAAUGCUGCUCACCCAGAGACAAAACAUUGCUAGUAUUUCAUCCUCCUCAAGCUGCGUCUCUGAAGUGUCCAUGCUUGGAAAUAAAAGUCAUUGGCAGGCUGACAUCCAAGUAAACUUGUACUGAUGGCUAGGGGAAGCAGAAGCUUAUGGGAAGAGGCUGCUUUUGAAAUUCGCCACUUCGGUUGGUGGAAACUCAGAUCUAUAAGCUAGGCGCCCACAUGGCUCCUUAAACCAAGAUUACAGCCACUAAAACAGAAUGCCUAGUUGCCAUUUGGGGACCAGGCAGCUAGAAAGCCGUAUUUUUCAAUAAGACGUUUUGGUUCCUGAAAUUCAUUCUGAUUGUGCGAUACAGAUAGAAUUCUACAGGGUGUGUUGCUAGUGUGUGAAAACAGUCAAAAUCCAAGGAUCUUUCAGGCACGCACCUCCAGAUGGUGGUGAUGUCAGGCGCCAUCCUGGGACCCAGGCAUCUUCACUUGGUUGCAGGUGGCUCAUAGCCAGGUGCAAAACGCGCCUGGCAAAUUCCUAACACUUGCACAGUGGAUAGCGGGACCAAGGCCUGGAUCUCGGGGAAGGGCCAAGCAGGUUGUUAAGAAAAUGGCUCACCUGCAAGUCAUCAAGUACCCCUGGCCUAACACCUCCCCACCUGUUGAACUGUCUCAGUUGCCUUCCAGUCAGUGAAGAACCAUCCCCUUCUGGAAAGGUGCUUGGGGAUAAGUCCGAGGGCAAGAUGGCUCCGAAAACUCCUCCAAGGACAUGGAGGCAACAGGACCAGCACAAACAAAAUCUUGCAUGCCAAGCCUCUAAAGGACACCAGCUAUGCAAAUAGCUAUGCCUGCCCUGCUUUUCAAAAGGAGAGAGCAGCUUACACCUGGUGACAUAUUGCAGAUCUCUGCUGUGCCUUAUGAAUUUGCAGCCCCGUAAACCCAUGCUGGAACGUUGCACUGACUUCUUAUAUAAAACCUUAAAAACUUCCCACCAUGCUGAGAUUCUGAUUUUGCCAAGAGACAGCCAGGACUCCUGGAAUCUUCUGCAUGCAAAGCAUAUGCAUUUCGACUUGAGCUUCUCGGAGAGCCAUGUUGUAGGAGACCAAGGUUCAAAAGCAAUUCCCCACUCUGCCAUGAAGCCCAUCUUGGGCCACUCACUGCCACUUGGCCUGACCUACCUCACAGGGUUGUUGUGGGGAUAAACGAGGGGUUGAAUAAUGUCAGCUGCCUUGAGCUGCUUGCAGAAAAAGGUGAGAUACAAAUGCAACAAAUAAAUUGCAGCCUACAGUGGUUGUGAUAUAAGAAUUGUCUUAUACUAAGUCUAUCUAGUGCAGUACUGUCUGCCCUGACAGGCUCCUGUGGUCUCAGGUGACAAAAACUGAACCUGGGGCCUUCUAUGUGCUAAACCAGUAUUGGAGGCGAUAUGCCUUUGAAUCCCAGUUACUGUGGGAAUCACGAGUGGGCACGGCAAUUGUCCUCCUGUCCUGUUUUAUGCUUUCUAGAGAUAUCUGGUUGUUGGCUGUGAGAACAGCUGGUCUGAAAGAAAAAAGAGACAGAAGAAGAAGAGGGCAGCAGGCAGGUGGAAAAGGGGCAGUCAUACAGUCAGAAUGUUGUUGUUGUUUAGUCGUUUAGUCGUGUCCGACUCUUCGUGAUCCUAUGGGCCAGAGCACGCCAGGCACUCCUGUCUUCGCUGCCUCCCGCAGUUUGGUCAAACUCAUGCUGGUAGCUUCGAGAACACUGUCCAGCCAUCUUGUCCUCUGUCGUCCCCUUCUCCUUGUGCCCUCCAUCUUUCCCAACAUCAGGGUCUUUUCCAGGGAGUCUUCUCUUCUCAUGAGGUGGCCAAAGUAUUGGAGCCUCGGCUUCAGGAUCUGUCCUUCCAGAGAGCACUCAGGGCUGAUUUCCUUAAGAAUGGAGAGGUUUGAUCUUCUUGCAGUCCAUGGGACUCUCUAGAGUCUCCUCCAGCACCAUAAUUCAGAAUGUGGCCCCCAACAAAUUGCCCCUGAAGGAAUGUGUGGCCCUGGAAAGGGGAAGAAACAUUGCCUACUCCUAUUUUUAAGGGAUACAGCCUGGCGUCUCUGUUGCUGGUCUGGGAGGAAGUGAGGUUUCUUGCCACACCAGUGUGGUUGUGUUAUUAGAGGUGAAAAGGCACCACUCUCCAAGUUCUGCUCCCUCCACCAUCAAUGAGGCAGAGCUGGAACAAGUGGAAACUCUCUCAGUGCUGCAAUAUCCUGUCGUGAAUCCUGUUCAGGAGGUGAUGGAAGAGGGGUAACAUUUAUAAUAAAUUCGGAAAAUGUCACCGAAAAUGAUCAAGGGGAUGGAGCGACUCCCCCUUUUAAAAAAUUUGUUCAUUUGUUAGUCGCUUUAUCUUGUCCAUGGCAACCCAAAAGCAACGUGCAGUCUUUCCCCUACGAGGAAAGUUUGCCGCAUUUGGGACUUCCUGGUUUAGAGAAAAGGUGAGCAAGCGGCGACAUGGUCAAAGUUUGUAAAAUUACACAUUGCAUGGAGAAAGCAGAUGGAGAAAUGUUCAUCUCCCCAUAACGCUAGAACUCGUGGAUGACCAAUGAAGCUGAAAGUUGGAAGAUUCAGGGCAGAGAAAAGCAAGGGCUUUGUCACUCAGUGGAUAGUUAAACUAUGGAACUUCCUCCCACAGGAGGCAGUGAUGAUGGCCAUCAGCUUGGAUGACUUUAAAAGAGGACUGUACCAAUGCACAGAGAACAAGGCUAUUGAAGGCUACUAGGCAUGAUGGCCAGGGACGUGGGUGGCGCUGUGGGUUAAACCACAGAGCCUAGGACUUGCCGAUCAGAAGGUCGCGGUUCGAAUCCCCGCGAUGGGGUGAGCUCCUGUUGCUCGGUCCCUGCUCCUGCCAACCUAGCAGUUCGAAAGGACAUCAGAGUGCAAGUAGAUAAAUAGGUACCACUCCGGCGGGAAGGUAAACGGCGUUUCCGUGUGCUGCUCUGGUUCGCCAGCAGCGGCUUAGUCAUGCUGGCCACAUGACCCGGAAGCUGUACGCCAGCUCCCUUGGCCAAUAAAGCGAGAUGAGCGCCGCAACCCCAGAGUCUGCCACGACUGGACCUAGUGGUCAGGGGUCCCUUUACCUUUAGGCAUGAUGGCUGUGCUCUGGCUCCACGGUCAGAGACAGCAAUGCUUCUGAAUAUUAGUUGCUGGGAGCCAUGGGAGGGAGAGGGCUCUUGUGCUUAAAUCCUGCUUGCCCACAGGCAUGUGGUUGGUCUCUGUGAGAACAGGGUGCUGGGCUAGAUGGACCAUUGGCCUGAACCACCUGGCUCUUCUUAGGAUCUUAAAUUGGACAAUUUUUAAUCUUCAGAUGUAAUCUUUUGGUUGAUCUCCCUAAGUUCAAUGUGGCAUAGACCCACUGAAAUGAAUGAACCCAUGUUAAUCAUCUCCAUUAACUUCAGUGGGUCUUCUUUGAGUAGGACUAGCAUUGGAAACAACCCCCAGUGUAUGAUAUUAUUUAUUUUAUGUGUUGUAAACGAUUGUCGUUUUUUCUUGUUUCCUGCUGGGGAAUGUUUACAUGCAAGUUGGGCUAGAAAAUAUGUUAAAUAAGGAAAUUUAUUCCUGACCUGGAUUCUCUCAUUCCUCAGGCUUGUUUGUGUGCACCAGCAGUGUUAGGAAAAAGUAGGCAGGCCUGAUUUGUUUAGUUAUUUAACUGUAUUUACAUCCCACGGUUUUCUCCAUGCAGUUCAGGAGAGCAUACAUUGAUUUGUUCCUCCCCAAUUGCAUCCUCACAACAACCCUGUGAGGUAGGCUGGGCUAAGAGAUAACACAGGAGGAGGAGCCAUGCAAGAUCUGGCAGACAGUCCACCAAACCAGCGUCCAGUGUCUAGCUGGCUUUCUCUGGGAAGCCCACAAGCAGGAUAUAAAGCUGACAUACUUGUUUCCAUUGAUGCUUCCAGCAUCAGGUAUUCAUUGCUGGACUAUUCCUAAGCACAGAGGUUCCAUUAUGGCUAGUAGGCAUCGAUAGAAUUUUCCUCCCAUUUGGAAGCACAGCUUGUAACUACUAGAAGCCGUUCAUUCAGUUUAGUGGACCCAAACCUGUGGAACUCCCUCCCACCUGAGAUUAGACAAGCAACCUCCUUUCUGAACUUUGGUUGCAUGACUGAAACUCGCUCCAAAAUAAGCAUUUUGAGCUUAUUAUUUGAAAAUAAAAGUUUAAAAAAUAUAUUUAUGUUUAUUCAUUUAAUCAAGAACAUAUAAUUUCUUGACAUAUACAAAAGUAAAGGGGAGGGGAAACCAUGCAACUGUGUGAAAAUUAAACACCCCCUACCUGCAUACAAAUUUGGGUCAUUUCAUUCACAAUUCCUGGGGGGAGUGAUGAUGUUGGAGGUAGUAGCAAUUUUUUAAAGAGGGGAAUUCUGUGAGCUGUAGUGUGUUAAGUGUGCUGAGUGUUGUUAGGCACCCUAUUCUCCCUCAGAGCUACAAUUCCCAGAGUUCCCUGUGCAGAACGAUGUGUUUUUAAACCAGUCCCAAGAAUUGCAGCUCUAUGAGGGGAAUGGGGGUCUGCCAACAACUCUCAGCAACAUGAGCAAACUUCAGUUCCCAGAAUUCCUUGGGGGAAGCCAUGUCUAAGCAGACAUGGUGUCAUAGUUCUUCAAAUGCAUGGUGUCAAUGUAAAGGCGACUGGGGUUGUGGCGCUCAUCUCGCUUUCAGGCCAAGGGAGCUGGUGUUUUUCCACAGACAGUUCUCUGGGUCAUGUGGCCAGCAUGACUAAACCGCUUCUGGUGCGACGGGACACCGUGGCGGAAACCAGAGCACAUGAAAACACCGUUUACCCUCCCACCGCAGCGGUACCUAUUUAUCUACUUGCACUGGCGUGCUUUCAAACUCCUAGGUUGGCAGAAGCUGGGACAGAGCAACAGGAGCUCACCCCAUCAUGGGGAUUCAAACUGCCGACCUUCUGAUCGGCAAGCCCAAGAGGCUCAGUGGUUUAGGCCACAGUGCCACCCCGUUCCCCAGGUGUCAAUGUAGCCCAGGGUGGCUGCCUCUGUCUUAAUCCAAAGGCAAUUUCCAGGGUGAGGGAAGCCGAGUUAGGUCAUAUUCACACCAUACAUUUAAAACAUUCUUAUACUGCUUUAACAUGAGAACUAUAGUUUAUUAAGGGUUGUGAAAGUUGUUAGGAGACACACACACACCCCGAGCUACGAUUUCUAGCAGUAUUUUUCUUAGGAGUGAGUCUGUGAGGGUGCCUCUAUCCGCACCUUGAACAAAACUGGCGAUGAUCAAAUUGCCCUGGGAGGGAGCCGGCUCACAACCCAAUUGCUGGCCACCUUUUUCUCUAUCUCUUCAGGGAAUCAUGGCCAUUUAGCCAUUGGGGUCUUCUUCCUCUUUUUCUCCCACCACUCCGCCUCCAUUCUUGCUAAUGAAAAUGUCAGUUGAUGGCUGGGAUUAUAUACUGUUGUUGCAUUAGCCCAGUAAGUGGUUGACAUGAACGGCGCAUUUCUUCCCCUCCCCCAACUGGCUGGACAAUCCAUAAUUCGCUGAGCUAAAAAACACAUCAACUGCACCAUCUCUGGUUGCUAAUAACACUUCAGUUGUGUGUCGUCCAAUUUCUCCCCGAAGGGGGAAUGUUUGCUACUCUGAUAUUUUGAAACGAAGUUGGGAAACCUCACGUCAAGGGGGCAAAUGCGGACCUCCAGUUCUCUCCAAAUGGCCCUCAGAACUCUUCCUAGGCGGCACCCAUCAUUGAAACCUGCUUUGAACUUUGGGUGUUUUUACCUGCCUGGAAAGUGUCCUCCAGCUCUGAGAGGUGUGUUUGUGUAGAAAGCGGCCUACUGUACAAAGGUAAAAUUUGCAUAAGUUGCUCCACCCCUAGCGCGUGGCCCUCUAGCUGAGAACGGUUUCCUCAGCACUGCUGUAGAGAGAUGGCUCUUUGUGAGUUUAAAUUUUCUGAAAAACAAAAUGACAGUUUCUGUGCCUUGUUGUACAGGUGGGUGGAGGUGGUGGUGGUUUCAAAAAAUGCCCCAACUUUAGGAAGUUGUUCUGUGAAAAGGAGGCUUGCACAGCAAAGUUAUUAUCAAUCAGAACUUGGGACACCCAGCCCGGGGGGUGGGGGUGGCGCUUGCCUGGCCAGCUUGGUACGAAACAGAGAGAUGACUGUUUGCUUGACUGAAGACAGAUUGCAGAUGGCAGUGUGAAAAGGCAGCCUUGCAAGUUUCAGCCAAAGGCCUCAAGAGCUAUAGCAACGGGGUCAUUUUGCCUGGGGCCUUGCUUCAGCAGAAGGGGCUUCUCAGAAAGACCCUUUUGGCUUACGUUCUCUUCCUCUCUCUCUGUUUGCCCUCCCCUCUUUGCACUUCUAAAAUCUUGCUUUUAUUCUUCAUGCCAUCCUUAUUUGGCUUGGCAAAUGGGAGGAUGGAGAAUGGGUAGCAAGAGGAACCCCGAUACGAUCUGGGGUUGCCAGACCUCUAAGCUGACCUGAAGACUCCAGAUAUCCUUGGCCCCCUUCUGGUGGCAGGGAGCCUGGCAGAAGCCGGCUUCAAAUUAUUGCAUAGUCUUUCUGGGCGGUCUGCCCUCCUCCCCUCUCCCAAUUAACCUCCGUCUCCAGGGCUCAGUAGUGGGAUGGAGCGCUGAAGAACAACCACAAGGGCCCUCCCCCGUGACAUCACCAGGGGUCACCCCAAAGUCUCAAGUUUGGGCCCUCAAAUCUCAGGAUGUGAAAUGCUCCUGACCUGGCAACCCUCGCUGCAUCCCUUACAAGAGGGAUCAUCCCUGACCUUUGGCUGUGCUGACUUCUAUGGCUGAUGGAAGUUGGGGUUCAACAUCUGUGGGGAGGACACAGGCUUCCCUUCCCUGGCCCUAUGAUGGAAACUUACAAACAGCCCUUCUUUAAACACAUAGAUAGUCCCUGUGUCAUGAUUUCCAGCAACUCACAGGAGGGAGGGGCUUUAAAUUACAACCCAUGAUUAUCUCUCCUUCUGGUUCGUUAACCGUCUCUGUGUAAAGCUUGCAUCUUAUUUCAUUGAGGAAAGAGGUGCUUUCAACAACAACACCCCCUUGCCAUUAAAUGGUGCAAUCCUAAUUGCCAUUGUCUGGAUUUAAAAGCCCUCUGGGGCAUCAACAGCCCCCUUUUUUCUGCAGGCGGUCACAGCUUCUCUUUCACUCCCCCAAACCCUUCUUUCCCAAAAGGGCUGCCUCCCCCCUUGAUGCUUUCAUAUCAGAGGCUGAUGAAAGAAAGCGCAUUUUCACUAAUGAUCAAGAUCUGCUUCUCCAAGUGUCUCUUUCGAGUUUGAUUCCAGUGAGGGCCUUUGAACAGUUGUUGGCCUCAUAACGAUGAAAGGGAUGUAUGUGUGAUGCCAUAGCGGGAGUUUUUCUCCUCUCUGUCUACAUGCCAAGGGUGGGUUAUCAUCCUCCCUUAUCUGUGGAUGUUUCCAGGCUGUCAGCAUUUUGUGAGAUGCCGCUCAGCCACAUUCUGGUAAUUCUGGAAAUGUAGGUUUGUGAGGUUAAAGUGGAUUAAAAGCACGUUGUUUGCCCCCACGCAAUGAACCCAUUUCCCCCCCUUUUUCUUUCAAAAUGACUUUUCCCAAUGGGGAAAUGUACUGAAAAACGUGGAAUAAACUAACGGUGAAUCGGAAGAAACACCCCACAAACAAGCUAGGACGGAUGCUUGUUGCCAUCUGACCUCCUCACAAGCAAAUUGGAACAAAUGCUCAAUAAAGCAUAUGUGCAGGCUAUCCUUCGUUAUAAGAAUUUUAAGGACUCAAAUAUAGAAUAAAUAUUCAUAAAUGCACACCUAUCUAAAUAUAUGAAACGUGUGUCUGAAAUAGUACGGGAGAACAAUCCUGAAGUCAUUUUGACUCUCCCAAUGACCUCAAAGUUUCCUCUGCAGUAAGGGAGGCAAAUGGGGAAAGCCUUCAUAUUACCUUUUUGCUUACAAAUCCUGUCUUAAGGGCUUAUUUGUGCAUGAAUAGGGUGAACCUGUGACCUGGAUUCAGGAACUAAAGUAUUAUUAACCAUCACAAAAGAAAGGCCAGAUUUCCCAGGGAAUGCAAUCAGUAACCAUUAUCAGAUAUCCUGGCAAACAGGAUUUCUGCUAUAGACCGCCUCCUUCUGUGAUGUACGCAUGAUGUUUUGGGGUGGUGGUCUUGAGUACAGGGUGGGCAAUUUCAAAAGACUGUACAGGUAUAAGGGCUUGUGCACCAUUGUUGAGGGUUCUCCUCCUUCCUGCGUCUGGUGCGUGGGGACCCUGUUGCAACAGUUCCUUGAGUAAAGACCAGGCUUCCUAGCCACUUUGCUUCUCAAUAUACAGUGGUACCUCAGGUUACAGACACUUUAGGUUACAGAUGCUUCAGGUUACAGACUCCGCUAACCCAGAAAUAGUACCUCAGGUUAAGAACUUUGCUUCAGGAUGAGAACAGAAAUUGUGCGGCGGCAACGUGGCGGCAGCGGGAGGCCCCAUUAGCUAAAGUGGUGCUUCAGGUUAAGAACAGACCUCCGGAACGAAUUAAGUUCUUAACCCGAGGUACUCUGGCUGGCCUCUGUUAUUUUCUCCUAUCGAUAGCGAACCCACUUAUAUGGUCUCCGGAAUACCCCAUAAGGGAAAAGGAGCAGUUUUCCUUAUAACACUAUGUGCAAGCAAAUCGGGGUGAAUGCUCAGUAAACCGGUUGUCUGAAGGAACCCUGUGUUCCUUCCCCUAGGUUGUUGGUUGUAUCUUGGCUUCUCAUCUCUGUUUUCUGAAGGCUUCUCCUAUAAUGAUUGUCAUUUGAGCACUCUUUCUGGGUGCACUCUGACUUGGGGGAAUAUUGCAAUAGUUUUCCUAAUUAUAGUGCUUCCGCUUCUAAGGCACUUUUCAUACUGCAGUGCCUGUUGAAUUAUGGAACCCUGGCUUGUUGACUGAUACAUAUCAGUAUAUCAUGCUAACGUCUGACCACAUCAGUGGGUGUGGUGUGACACCACAAUGAACAUCAUUGUAAAAUGUCAGUACUUCUCCCUCCCCCCCUUACGCACAUGUGUGUUUCCCCGCUCCCCCUGAAAACAGCAGGAGAGAACUGUAUGCAGGUCUGCCCCUCCAGAUUUCAUCACUUUAGUCACAUGACUUUCCAAAUUAAGUGGGCUGCAAACAGAUUUUUUUUCCUGGAAUCAAAUAACAUGGAAAUGACCAGUGCUGAUUUUCUAGAAAAAGAGGUCCUGGAACUCACUAUGAACACCUCCCUUGUUCUCUUAUAAUGGGAAUGGCGCCCACCUGAGAGGUGGGGGGGGGGGAGCCCUGGAAAUGAGCACUAAACUGGUGCCAUAUUACAUUAGUUUUCUCAAAGGGCUUUUACGUCAUGGGAAAUCUCAGAUAUGUAAAAAUCAACAGUUGGGGAAAUGGAGUAAACUGCUAUGUGAAUGCAACCUCUCUCCUUCUGUAGAUUGGAGAGAUGAGACGAGGAGUGUGUGUGUUUUUCUAGCUCUCUGAAUGAGUCACCGUACAGGCAAGUUCCUAAAGAACUGGUGGAAUUUGUGGCAUUGGUUAGAGAGCAAGCAGUCCCCUAAGGCCUGGUUUUGGGGUAUAAAGUCCUAUGCAGCUUUGGCUCAGGAUACCUGAAAGAUCAUCUCACCACUAUACCCAGUCGAACACUGCACUCAGCAGGUGAGGGCCUCCUGUGUAUAGCAAUUUUUCAGGAAGCCUGUUCCACACAAUGUAGGAAUUGGGCCUAUAAUUCUGCAGCACUUCCCCUCGGGAAUCCCCUCCCCUUGAAUAUAAGGCAGGCGCUGUCCUUUGUUGUAUUUUGGGCGCCAACUGAAGAUGUUCCUGUUUCAACAAGCCUUUUAUGUAGAGAUCUUUCCCAGUCUGCAUCUGUACUGGGAUUAUUUUAAAGAUGUCUUUAUUGUCUUAUUGCAUGUUAUUUGCCACCCUGGGCUCCAUUUGAGGAGUGGGGGAAGGGCAGGGUAUAAAUUUAAUAAACAAUCAUAAUAAAGCCUAAGGCUUUAUUUUUUUAUAUAGUGCGAUCAAUGUGCGUGGUGCUUUGGAGUCAGAAUGCUAGUUCUCUGCUCCAAGGUGCUUACAAUCUAAAAUUUGGCAUAGAGAAGAGGGGAGGAAGAUGAAGGCAAGAGUGAACCAGGUGGGAGAGGGGUGAUGUGUUUGGUUCAGUUACACAUACCAGGGCUUAGUUUCAGGAGGAAUAGAAGACCAAGCAGUUGUUCCAAAGGCUUCAAAGGGGAAAUUUUUGGUUACUUGGAGGGAAAGGAGCAAACAAAGGAUUUGAGGAAGUGGUUUGAGAGAGAGGUGUCGCUUCCCAUAAUUUUCUCCAGACUUAAAUAUAGCUAGUCUACUGGGGUGGCCAAAUCUUCCCCCCUCCCUUAGCCCCCAUGAACUGGAUGCACUGUAUUGAAGGUAAAAGCAUUUUUUACAGAUUAUGGUUGGCUUCUUAGGCUUGGCUUUAAAAGUUGCUUUAAUUUUUUAAAAUUUAACUUUUUAAGCCUUUUUUUUAAAGCUCCGUACAUCGCCUUGAGUGUCCUUUUAAAAAUAAAAGUACUGAAUAAAACAAAGCAUGCUUGAUGCAGGAAAUAUAACUGUGACAUCUGUGAUUGUUCCUGUAUGUAUGAGGCUGGGUUUUUUUUAGUCAUUUCCAGCCACUUUGGCUUCGAUUAAAAAGGCAAAAGGGGACAGGUUUGCAUAUAAUUUGUGCUAGGCUAAUUUUAUGUAUAGGCGCAAAUUUAGAAAUAAUUCUUGUAACUUAAUUGGAGAUACAGGAUACAUUACUUGUGUGGGUAUAAGCCCAAUGUGCUUGCUGUGACUGGUUUGCUGUCUAUUGUCUAGGUGCAAAUGGCUGUCAGUCUUAAAGGCCUCUCCUGCUCUCCCUUCCUAGGGUUCUGUACCUUUAAACCAGACUUGGACCGGGCAGCUCCAAACAGGGCAGCUUUACUCUGCAAAAUAGGGUGCGUGGGCCCCCUCUAUGAGUCGACCAAUCCAUGUUGGAACUGCGGCAGCGCUCUUUAUCUCUAGCAAAUAGUAACCAGGGCAGGGAAGCAUACAACAGUAGUCGAGCUGCUUUGAGGUUACAAAGGUGCUAACAUUUUCUCUUUUUAUUUUUUUGACCCGAAAGGCUCACCCUUGGUUAAAAUACAGUCAUACCUUGUUUCUCGAACGGCUUAAUUCUCGACCGUUUUGGCUCCCGAACGCCGCAAACCAGGAAUUGAUUAUUCCGGUUUGUGAACUACCGGUAUUUUUGGAAGCCAAACAUCCGAUGGGGCUUCCGAUUGGCUGCAGGAGCUUCCUGCAGCCAAUCACAAGCCGUGCUUUGGUUUCCGAACAUUUUGGAAGUUGAACGGGCUUCCGGAACAGAUUCCGUUCAACUACCAAGGUACGACUGUACAGUGGUACCUUGGGUUACGUACACUUCAGGUUACAUACGCUUCAGGUUACAGACUCCACUAACCCAGAAAUAGUACCUUAGGUUAAGAACUUUGCUUCCGGAUGAGAACAGAAAUUGCAGCGCAGCAACAGCGGGAGGCCCCAUUAGCUAAAGUGGUGCUUCAGGUUAAGAACAGUUUCAGGUUAAGAAUGGACCUCCGGAACGAAUUAAGUACGUAGCCAGAGGUACCAGUGUACACCUGAAGUUUCUUAGUUCGCUGAAAAACAUCAGUAAGGAAAGGGUGUGUGUUCUCUGUUGGGUGUUUUCGCUCUGUUGCCCUGGGGUCAACCAGCUGAGCUUCUAAUGGAUGAGUGAAUCCCAUCCAUCACCUCAGCAAUAUCCGAAGGGGAGGAAUCGGGGAACGAUGGGAAGACCUUCUGUGUAUUAAUGUAGAAGGAAGAGCUGAUCUCUCAAUGCCUUGUGACCUGGUUGGCUAGCUGUGUCUUGUCUGAUGGAAAAUCUGCCUGACAAGGAAGAGUUCGGCUGUCACUCUCGCUUAGUUCCAGGAGUAGAAAGAGGUGUGGAACAGCAAUUGGGUGGUGGGUGGGAGUAUGCAGAGCUGAAACCUGCUGUUAAUUGUUACCAAGGGGUCUCCUAGGAAAAGGGUGGCUUGCUUUUUUCCAGCUGAGGGCUGCAUUGACCCACAGUUGACUCUCUGAGGGCCAUGUGUCAGAGUGGGUGUGGCCAACUUUAUUAUUAUUACUAUCAUUAUUAAAUUAUAGCUGGGGGAUUGUUUUGGAGUGGUCAACAAAGAUCUUUUCACAUCUUAGCAGGGUCCUAUCGGAGUGGUCGAUUAUUACAGUGGUACCUCAGGUUAAGACUUAAUUUGUUCCGGAGGUCCGUUCUUAACCUGAAACUGUUCUGAACCUGAAGCACCACUUUAGCUAAUGGGGCUCCCGCUGCUGCUGCACGAUUUCUGUUCUCAUCCUGAAGCAAAGUUCUUAACCCGAGGUACUAUUUCUGGGUUAGCGGAGUCUGUAACCUGAAGCGUCUGUAACCUGAAGUGUAUGUAAUCCGAGGUAUCACUGUAUUUUUAAAUGAUUUCAACUCUUUCUUUUUUUUUUAAGAUAAAUGGGGGAGGUUGGGUAUUGACCAGUAGGUCAAUGAAAACCAAUAACAACAAUAAACAGUAUACAGUUAUACCCAAAUUAAAAUAACCACCAACCCCAACUAAACAUUUAACCAACACCAACCCGACAAAAACAUAACAGAGGAACCAAAAUUAUAACAAUUUAAAACAUUGUAAAACAUUUUAGCCAGUUGCCCCAACCCAAGAGUUGUUCCAGCAAUGUCCCUCUGGCCUCCCAGGAGCCUCUUUUAGCUGUUCUAGGUGAGUCUGGGCUCUGCCCCCUAGGCCAGGUGGAAAUGGGCCUUCAGCAGGGAGCAGGUCUUCCUUCCAGCACUCACAGCGGCAGGUGUGUGGAAGGUUCCUUAGGUUUCAUCCAGACUGACCCCCCCUUCCCCCCCAAAUGCAUUUGAGUCAGCCAAGCUACAUCUCCCAUCAUCCCUGGCCAUUGGCUGUGCUGGCUGGGGUUGAUGAGAGUUGCAAUUUAGCAGCAUUCACAGUUGUAUUGGGUAACUUGUCAAAACACAUCCAUAUCUGUAUGAUGGUGGAAGCAGGUAGAAAAGGCAGUGAAGGAGCCCUGGAGGUUGCUUCUGCUCUGCAUCAGCAAAAUGUCAAUGCCACUCUGAAUUCCCUUCCUCACUAGGCUCUUUGUAAAUUUGUUAGCCAAACCUUGAAUGGACCUCCUCUUUCCUCCCCUCACUACACGCUUUUACCUAGAUUUUUGUCUCGUGGGCUUCAGUGCCUGCUUUUUGCCCGGUCAGCUCGAAAGGUUAUCCCUGGUCAAAGUAGGGGUGUGUGUGUGUGUGUGUGUGUGUGUGUGUGUGUUCAUGCCCCCACCCCCGAUUGCUGAUGCUUCAAUCUUUGCAUUUGGAAAAAAAAAAGGUUUCUGGAGAGCUCUGUGCAUUAAUGAUGAUGACAUUUGAAAGCAUUUUUUGUUCCAGCACUUAAGUUAGCAUUGACCCCUGGAAAAAGGAACGAGCAUGUUUACGUACAACUGUAAUGUCAUGUGUACAGGCAAAUUGUCUCCUCCCUCAAUUAAAUCUAAAUUGCUCAUGGAAGCUCUUUGCAGGCAGGGAGACUGCACAUGAAACAUGGUCGACCCAGUGCAGGGCAGCUGUGAAGAAGGCAAAUUCCUUGCUACAGAUCAUUAGGAAAGGAAUCGAAAAAUGCUGAUAUCAUAAUGCCAUUAUACAAAUCUAUGGUCUGACUACUUGGCAUACUGUGUAUAGUUCUGGAAAGGUUUAAAACAAAAGUAAAAUGACCCAAGGGGUUAAUGCUGACUCCCCUGUGAGGAAGGGUGGCAGCAUUUUGGACUUCUUGGUUUGGAGAAAAUGGUGACAUUAUAGAGGUGUGUAAAAUUAUUCAUGGCAUGGAGAGAGUGAAUAGAGCAAGGGUCAUCAAACGUUUUCAGCAGGGGGCUGGUCCACUGUCCCUCAGACUUUGUGGGGGGCUGGACUAUAUUUUGAAAGAAAGAAAAAAUGAACAAAUUCCUAUGCCCCACAAAUAACCUAGAGAUGCAUUUUAAAUAAAAGGACACAUUCUACUCAUGUAAAACACGCUGAUUCCCGGACCGUCCGCGGGCUGGAUUUAGAAGGCGAUUGGGACAGAUCCGGCCCCUGGGCCUUAGUUUGCCUACCCAUGGAAUAGAGGAAAGCUUUUCUUCCCCUCUGCUAAUGCUAGAACGCAUGGAAGGUUCAGGAUCGAUAAAAGGAAGGACUUCUUCCUGCAUCACAGAGUUAAACUGUGGAACUCCCUCCCACAUGAAGCACUGAUGGCCACCAACUUAGAUGCCUUUAAAACAGGAUUAGACGAAUUAAUGGAGGAGGAGGUGGCUAUCAAUACUGACUAGCCACGGUGGCUGUGCACUGUCUCCGGAGUUGGAGGCAGCAAAAACAAGCCUUCUAAGCAACACCAGUUGCUAGAAACCGCAGGACAGGAACGUGCUCUGUUUGCAGGCUUCCAACAGGCAUCUGGUCGGCCACUGUAAGAACAGGAGGCUGGACUAGAUGGGUUGUUGGCGUCAUCCAGCAGGCUCUUCUUAUGUGGUCAAGGGCCAUGCACUUCGGUGGUGCUACAUAAAUGAAGUUUGCAAAGUUGCCCCUGAAAGAUCCAUGCAACUACGUGUGGUUGGGCCCUUUCAGAUCUGCCCUUUGAUGCCUCUCGCAGCUUCUGACUUUCUGAGGACUCUCCUCUCUGGAGUCACUGACAUAGUUGGGGCUUGAAUUUGUGUGCUCUGCGUUAUUUAUCGUUUGCCACAUCUUGGAAUACUCAAGCGUCUCUUUAUUAAAAAUAGUUUCUGGCAAGGACAGCUGGGAAUUUGAAACAGCCUGACUCAACCUGUGGAACUUGAAAAGGCUUUAAAAAACCCAAAAACCCACACCUCUGUCAACAUGAUUAGUUGUCUGACAAUUAUGAGGAGAGGCACUGUUACCUUUUCACCAGUGGGAGCGUGCAUCACAUGAGAUUCUCCAACAUAAUACAGUGGUACCUCGGGUUAAGUACUUAAUUCGUUCCGGAGGUCCGUUCUUAACCUGAAACUGUUCUUAACCUGAAGCACCACUUUAGCUAAUGGGGCCUCCUGCUGCCGCUGCACCGCCGGAGCACGAUUUCUGUUCUCAUCCUGAAGCAAAGUUCUUAACCCAAGGUACUAUUUCUGGGUUAGCAGAGUCUGUAACCUGAAGCGUAUGUAACCCGAGGUACCACUAUAUUUUGUUGGAUUUCUUAAAAAAUAGCUGCCUUGAUUUGCCUAACAGGGAUAAGCUGACAGGUCAUAAUGCACCAUAAAGCAACAAACAAGCAAGGAUGGUAAGUAGCCAGGGAGAAUGGGAGUUGUAGUUCAGCAAUAGCUGGAGGGCCUUCGGUUCCCCACACCAGAUUUGGAAAGCUAGAGGCAUAUUCCAGGCAUAAUAAUAAUAAUUUUAUUAUUUAUACCCCGCCCAUCUGGUUGGGUUUCCCCAGCCACUCUGGGCCGCUUACAGCACAUAUAAAACAUAAUGAAACUUCAAACAUUAAAAAUCUCCCUGCCUUCAGACGUCUUCUAAAAGCCAGAUAGUUGUUUAUUUCCUUGACAUCUGGUGGGAGGGCGUUCCACAGGGAGGGUGCCACUACCGAGAAAGGCCCUCUGCCUGGUUCCCUGUAACUUCACUUCUUGCAGUGGGGGAGCCUCCAGAAGACCCUUGGAGCUGGACGUCAGUGUCUGGGCUGAGUGAUGCGGGUGGAGACGCUCCUCAAAGCCAUGCUGGGGGAGGGUGGCUUGGGGAGAGUCCCAGGGGACAGAGAGAGACUUGAAGACCACAGCGCCUGUGCCUGAAGUUCCCCAGCCCGUUUGCUAUUCUUGCCCUCUUCACACACGUCAUGCACCGAUAAAGUUUUUGUUUAUUGCUUUGAUAGUGUGCCUUUCCUCCAAAGAGCUACGGGUGGUGGUGUACAUGUCUCUCUUGCUCACCAUAUUAUCCUUACAACAACCCUUUGAGGGAUGUUAAGCUGAGAGCUGGUGGCUGCCUAAGGGUCACCCAGUGAACUUCAUGGCUGAGGAGGGCAGGUGGGAUCUGAACCCUGAUCUUCAAGGUCCAACACUCUGUUACACUGGCUUAAUGCUCAUUUUUGUGCAUUCACACAAGGGAUGUAUUCCUCCUCACCUCUCAGAGCUUUUGCAACCGAAGGUUACCUGAGGGGUUGGUUGCCUUUCCUCAUAUGAACCUGUCCAGUUGCUGUCCACCUCUGCCCCAGUGGAUAACCUCUUCCACUCACCUAAGAGUUGUUUUCUGGCUUAGCGAAUUAGCAUUUGCGAGAGGAAAGUCACCCCCAAAUUCAGCACCGUUCUUCAGUUUGAACAAUGUCUUUUAACAUGGCCUUAUAGUGUUUAUUUGAUACAGCGUGUGUCUUCCUAAAUCAUGCGUUUUAUAUUGUAAUUUUAUAUUGUGAGCUGCCCUGAGAUCUAUGAAUGAAUUAAUGUAAUUAAUAACAAUAAUAAUAAAAAAAUAUCAGCCUCUGUAACCCAGCUCUCAGUUCUACCAGUGUACGUGAGGCGGGUGGCACCAGAGGUUAACCCUCUUCUGCUGUUCCCCUCUAUCUUGGGAAUACCUUGUCCCCCGAAACAUCUACUCGUUCCAUCUUUGGUUUAGGUGGCAAGUGAAAACAUUUUCUUUCAUUUCCUUUUUGCUCAGGCUGUUUUAUGCGCUUGAGGGUUCAUGCUGGCACUCUGAUCUUACUUUAUUGCUCUGCUUUGUCUUGUUUUAUUGUAAAUCUGUUGACUUGUUUUUAAACUGUGACUUUUAUUGUUUUGUCAUGAGCUGCUCCAGGAACAUUUGCUGAAGAGCAUCCUGUAAAUAUUUCAAGUGAGCGAAACAGAGAUGCAGAGGCAGGGGGAGAGAGGCGGCCAGAACCCCUGAAGGAAAAUUGAAUGUAGCAAGCCCAGCCAACCAAAUCGAUUAAUAAGGCAUUUCCAAAAGGCGAGAACAGGGGUGUUGUUGCAGAAAACAGGAACAGAUUGCGCAAAAUAGAGGCUGUUCCUGGUAAACAGUGACAGUUGGGAGCCUGUGUGACUCACACAUGCCUGCCUUCCCCUUCCAGCAUUGUGGAGAGGUGAAUGUGUGUUUGAAGCCUCAGCACUGAACCAAGAGGUCUCCGAUGUCUGUUCCAGCAUACAACAGAUGUUUCUGGACAUCUUUAGCCCAGAGUCCUUCUCAGUGCCGACUAGUUACUCCUAAUGCUUUAUGUCUGGCACUUACUGGUUCUUCCAAGGCACUCCAAGCCACAAUUAAAAUGUUUGGGGUUUCUCUGCUGCUUUACAGUGGAUCAACCUCAAACCGAUGCCAACCAGUGGCUUUCCUGAUCACUGCCAAGAGUUUCCCACUAGGCAGGAGAUUCUGUCUGUCCCAUGGCCCAUUAGCAAAGCUGUCCACAAACCUUCCUAUCCAGAGUCUCUUCAGCCAAACUGAGUUAACCACUUCCCAAGGAAGAGUAUGUUUUGUGAUGCUGAUUUAUUUCUGAUCUUGGGAGAGCUACAUCAAAAGUUACUGUGGCCUGGAAACUCUCUUGAAAUUCUGAAUGUCUGUUCUGACCAUCAUACAGCAAAGGACAGGUAAAUAGAGAGUCUCCCCAUGUGAGUAGAGUUGCCUGCUCACUGUGUAACCGCGUUGUACUCAUCUAGGGUGUCCAUGAGGCAAGGCCGGAUUACUGUGGGUAUCGUUCCCAAAAUAGGGCCCCACUUCUCCCCAAAAGUGGGGAUGCGGGUGGCGCUGUGGGUAAAACCUCAGCACCUAGGACUUGCUGAUCGUAUGGUCGGCGGUUCGAAUCCCCGCGGCGGGGUGAGCUCCCGUCGUUCGGUCCCAGCUCCUGCCCACCUAGCAGUUCAAAAGCACCCUUAAGUGCAUGUAGAUAAAUAGUUACCGCUUUAUAGCGGGAAGGUAAACGGCGUUUCCGUGUGCUGCGCUGGUGCAGGCUCGCCAGAGCAGCUUCGUCACGCUGGCCACGUGACUCGGAAGUGUCUUCGGACAGCGCUGGCCCCCGGCCUCUUAAGCAAGAUGGGCGCGCAACCCCAGAGUCGGUCACGACUGGCCCGUACGGGCAGGGGUACCUUUACCUUUACCUUUUUCUCCCCAAAAGGAACACAUGAAAUAAAGUACCACAAAGUAAGUUGUACAGUAUCUUAGCAAAUUUAUUAUGGCAUACACUGGUACCUCAGGUUACAUAUGCUUCAGGUUACAUGCGCUUCAGGUUACAGACUCCGCUAACCCAGAAAUAGUGCUUCAGGUUAAGAACUUUGCUUCAGGAUGAGAACAGAAAUCAGGAUCCGGCAGCACGGCAGCAGCAGGAGGCCCCAUUAGCUAAAGUGGUGCUUCAGGUUAAGAACAGUUUCAGGUUAAGAACGGACCUCCGGAACAAAUUAAGUACAUAACCAGAGGUACCACUGUAAUUGUUUGUGGACUGGAGACAAUACUAGGGAUGGGGGCAGCACCCACCCAACCCAUGGCCUCAAUUCCAUGGGUCCUGAAUCAGGUUGGCCUGCCUUGGGCCAACCUAGGGAUCACUCACUGUGACCUGGAUCCAACCCCAAAGGAGUCUCUUAAAUAUACAGCUGGGAAGGGGGUCAGUUCUGCACCACCCAGAAAGGAGAGUCAGGCACUGGCUCCUACCUUCUUUUGGAAGAUGAAGCCAGAGGUCAGGGUGGGUCUCGAUUUAAAAGUGCUUAGAUUGAUGUUUAGAGCCCUAUACAGCUCAGGACUGCAUUACAUCAAAGACUGCCUUUCCCCAUAUGAACCAACCCUUGUGAUCUUCAUCAGAUGUCCUUCUCUGUGUGUUCUACCUGAGAGAGUGUGAAGGAAAUGGGCCUUUUCAGUGGUGGCCCCCUCAUCUGUAGAAGGCUCUCCCAAGGGAUAAAUGCCUGGUGCCAUCCUUGUCCAUCUUUAGGGGCCUGGCUAAAUAAUGUUGUCUCUUACAGUGAUUCUCACCUCUUGGUGGAGUGGGCCACACUUGUUCAUAUUAAUAAGUUGCUGUAUGAGCAUUUUAUAUGUUCUAUAUUGUUCAUCGCUCUGAUUCCCCACCCAGCCCCCGGUUUUAAAUAGCUUUUUUUGUUGUUGCAUUUUACCUUGUCAAGUUGCUUUGAGAAUUUUUACUGUAUAAAGCGACUGAUAAAUGCAGGUAACAAUAAUACUCUUUGCAUGCCUGGGUGGGGGAUGAAGAGGGAUGCAUCACGGUGACGAAGCUAGCCUACUGCACAAAAGAUAACAUUCAUAAUCAUUCUUCUUCCAGUUUUUGCCGCACGAAUGCCAUAUGGCCCUUGGAAGGCAGUCCAGAAGGCAAUGUGGCCCUCGGGCUAAAAAAGGGUUCUGCCUCCCUGCAGUAGCAGGGUGUCUGUGGGGGUGUCGAACAGGACUGCCCAUCUCUCACUGUCUCUUUCUUGCCUUUGGACAGUUUGCCAGCAGGUGGAAUGGACCAGUCAUGAAUGGUGAUGCCUUUUGUCAAGAUCCUCCCUCCCAGCUUCCCGACUGGAGGGAAUUCUGUGAGCUGCACGCCCAGGCCGCUGCAGUGGACUUUGCCCAAAAGUUCUGCCAGUUCCUGAAGGAGAAUCCGCACUACGACACCCCCGGGGCAGAGACCUCCUUCUCCCACCACUUUGCCGCCAACUUCUUGGACAUCUUCAGCUUGGAAGUCAACAGGGUGUUCGUUUCCAAUUCCCCCACCAAAUACAACAUCGUGCCAUUUGUCGGGCUUCAGAACUGCCACAUGCCUUACGGGCAGGACCUCCUGCCGAGGAAGGAGCAGGCCUCCACGGAGUCCCUCGACAGCAUGGACAACCCCGUCUCCUCCGGCAGGUAUCUGAGCCAAUCACAGCAGGUCCAGGCCCGGAAGGUCUCCUCCUACGGCCAAUCCCGGAGUUCGGAGGAUGUCUCCGUCCACGCCACCUCCAAGCCGAAGUUCAAGAAAGGCUUUUCCCUGAGGAAUAUGAGCUUGUGCGUGGUGGAUGGCAUGAAGGAGAUGUGGCACAGGAGGUCUUCCCCAGAGCCCGGUGCAGAAGCCACACAAAGCAGGCGGUCCGACAGGGAACACUGCCCCUCCGGGAACAAGGAGCAUGGCGAUUCCAGGGAGAAAUGGACCCACAAGCUGCGCCUUUCGAAGGGGCAGUCUUCCAAGGUGGAUCUGGUGGACAUUCAGAGGGAAGGGACCCUCCGCUACAUGGUCGCUGACGAUACGAACUGUGUGGGGAGUUCUCAGUGGCAAAAGUGUCGGUUGUUGCUAAGGAAAGCUGUGAAGAUGGAGGGAGAAAAGUUCCUUCUCGAGUUUUACGUUCCUCCCAAGGUAAGGACUUCCGUAGCUAAAACCUGCCUUUCAUAUGUAUGUGUUGGGUUUGUUUGCUUUUAUUUCAAUGGGGUGAGCGUCGGAUUGCAGGUGCAGAGAAGCCAACUAAGCAAAGGAGAGAGAUCGGGAAGCGGAAGCCGAAUGCUUCUCUGCACUCAAAGUGAACUUUCACCCUAAGAAGGGUGAAAGGAAUCAUCAUUCUGUAGUCUACUUCCAGUUGAAAUGGCUUGUAUCUGAGUCUUCUUCUUUGGCGAUCACUCAGGGAUGCGGGUGGCGCCGUGGGUUAAAUGACAGAGCCUAGGACUUGCCAAUCAGAAGGUCGGCGGUUUGAACCCCUGCGACAGGGCAAGCUCCCGUUGCUCGGUCCCUCCUCCUGCCAACCUAGCAGUUCAAAAGCACAUCAAAGUGCAAGUAGAUAAAUAGGUACCGCUCCAGCAGGAAGGUAAACAGCGUUUCUGUGCGCUGCUCUUGUUCGCCAGAAGCGGCUUAGUCAUGCUGGCCACAUGACCCGGAAGCUGUACGCCGGCUCCCUCAGCCAAUAAAGCGAGUUGAGCGCCGCAACCCCAGAGUCAGCCACGACUGGACCUAAUGGUCAGGGGUCCCUUUACCUUUACCAUAGUUGAGUAAGAUUGACUUCCAUGAACCUGAUCUUAACAGUGAGUCCGUAAGUGACUGCGGCGGCCAAUUCUGGAUCCACACGCCCUUCCACAGUGGGGACAUAGGUUUCUGGGCGGGAGUUGGUCACGGUGAGGGUUUGCCAAGCAUGCCUUCCUCUUAGCAUGUUUCUCCCUUUCGUUCUGAGUUUGUCCAUGACACCUUUGGUAAAGGCUGUUCUCCACUUGGAGCACUCACAGGCCAGUGUUUCCCAAUUGUCAGUGUUUAUACUACAUUUUUAAAGAUUUGCCUUGAGGGAGUCUUUAAACCUCUUUUGUUAACCACCAGCAUUAUGCUUUCCAUUUUUAAGUUUGGAAUAGAGUAGUUGCUUUGGAAGACAAUAAUUAGGCAUCCGAACAACAUGUCCAGUCCAACGAAGUUGAUGUCAAAGAAUCAUUACUUCAACAUUGGUGAUCUUUCCAGUACACUGACAUUAGAUCACCUGUCUUCCCAAGUGAUGUGUAAAAUUUUCCGAAGACACCAUUGAUAGAAUCUUUCAAGGAGUUGGAGACUGCACUUAUAAGUGGUCCAUGUUUCACAACAUACAGUAAGGUUACUUGGGUGCCAAUUUUAAAUAGUAGUUCUUGCAAUGACCAGCUGGCAUAGAAACAGCUCGGGGACAGGAGGUGCCUGAUAGAGCUGGCUUUUCAGCUGAGCUCAUGGAACAAGCCCCUUUUGUCAUCUCUCCCACAGCCCGAUGGAAUGACUGGCUGCUGCCGGGUACCAGUUGCAACUGACCAUGAAGGCAGAGCAUAGCCAUUGUGGCUAGCAGGCAGCCUUCUCCUCCAUGAAUUUCUCCAAUCCCUUUUUUAAAGCCAUCCAGCUUGGUGGCCAUCAUGGCCUGCUGUGGGACUGGUUUCCAUAAUUUAACUAAGCGCUGCAUAGUUUUGUAUUAUUCACAUUGUAUUGUUUUGCUGAUGCCACUCUGGGCUCCUUUUGGGAGGAAAGAUGGAACGGAACCCUAAUGAAAUCGAUAAAUAAUACAUAAUCCUGUAUACUGAGUCAGGCCCGUGGCCAGUGUUUUUGGCUCAGAAGGCCGUGGUUCUGCAAGGUCCCAGGCCAAAGUCUCUUCCAGUGCUGGAGAUCCUUUUACUGGAGUAUUGAGCCAGUUUGCUCCCUUGAGUACCCGGGGGCCCAUUUCCUUCCUAAAAGGCUGCAUGUAAAAACAAAAGGAAUUACUGCCAGCCAGGCUGGUGCUUUGUCUUUUGUUGAAUCCUUUCCUGUCUUAUUUUUUCCACAUCUUGUGUGUGUGUGUGUGUGUGUGCGCGCGCGCGCUUUAUUAUCCUUAAUCGAUUGUCUCUCUUUAAAUGUCUGGGAAGCGGCAGAAGAUAAGAAGCUUGUUCAUGCCUCUCCCCCCCCCCCGCCCUUUGUAGCUUGUUUCCAGAUGUCAUUUUCUCUCACAAUUGCUCUGUUAUAAAUGCCUAAAAGUUUCCCCUUCUACCUACACAACAACCUGGUGCCUUCCAGUUUUGGACUACAACUCCCAUGAGUCUCAGUCAGCACAGUCAUGCUAAGUGACUUGUGAAAGGGGGUCCGGUCCAGUUUCUUGUAGUGCUACAAGCUAAGCAGGUCUGGAUCUAGUCUGGCACCCCCUAGUCUGGCACCCAUGGGCACCAUGGUGCGUAAGGAUGCCUUCUUUGGGUGUCCCCAGGCAGGAGGCCUUGGACCCUGCGGAAAUUUUGUUUGGCCACUCCCUCUGGCUUCUGUAGUUUCAGUGGGCAUCUGUUGCCCACAGGUUCAAGUAUAUAUUUUUAGCCAGAGAGGCCGAGCUGCCCAGGGAAUUCCAGUGCGGCCUUAAACAUGUGGGAGGCAAAUCCAAGCAAUGAUAAAAAUAACAGAAACAAUAGGGGCUAGCAGCUUGCUUUUUUUAAAAAAAAGGAAAAUACAAGUUAGGAUUUUCAGGGGAGCUGAAUUCUAUUAUCAUUGGGGAAGGGUUACAGCUCAGUAACGGAGCAAUGAUUUGCAUGCAGAAAGGACCCAAGUUCAGUCCCCGAUGGCAUCUCCCAAGUGGGGAGAGCUGCUGUGUGAGAGAUCCCUGUGUGGAAACUCUGGGGAACUGCUGCCCGUUGGAGUAGACCAGGGCUAUGCAAUGCAGAGCUAGACAGACCCUUGAUCUAAUUCUGUAUAAGGAAGCUUCCUAUGUCCCUAUAGCCUUCCGGUGUCUUUCCACACACCCUGCAGUUUCUCUUGGUAUCGAGAAACCGCUCUGUGACCGCAGCGGCUUAUUUGCUGCUGAUUUGUGGAGCGUGUUUCCUUUUUGGCCAUUCUCUGGAUUUCUUGCUAGACCAGCUGUUGUGACAGCUGGGUGUGAAACAGACAGCAGCCGUACGCGGUUUCAUGCCUGCAGCCUGUGUGCCUGCUCCGGGUUCAAGCAUAGCCUUGCACGAAACCUUCCCUCGCUCAUCACGGCGUCUCUGUAAAUUGAGCCGAAGGGAAUUUGUCACUCUGCAGGGGGGACCGGACAAGGGCGCAUGGAAAAUCCCAUUUCGGUGAAACCCUUUUAUGGUGCCUGCUCUCUGGCUGUUGCCAAACAAGCAAGAGAUCUUGUUUCCAUUCAUUCCCUUCUAACCUUUCUCCCAUCCCCAAGGAGGAGGUCGUGGACAGGUUGCUUAAAGCAGCUCUCUGGGCCAGUGCUUAAUUUAUCCCUAGGAAAAGAGAAGUGUGGACUGAAGUCCCCUCCCCUCUUUCACACACCCCUCCUCACACACAAACUUCGCUAAACUGGGAGCCCUUCUCCCUAAAAACUCUGUUACUUUUGUUUUCCUACUGCUUUGAUGCUUAUGCUGAGACCCUACCUACCCACCAGAGUGGUGCAUGCUCUAGUUAUCUCCUGCUUGGACUACUGCAAUGCACUCUAUGUGGGGCUACCUUUGAGGGUGACCCGGAAACUACAACUAAUGCAGAAGGCGGCAGCUAGACUGGUGACUGGGAGCAGCUGCUGAGACCAUAUAACACUGGUCCUGAAAGACCUACAUUGGCUCCCAGUACGUUUCCGAUCACAGUUCAAAGUGUUGGUGCUGACCUUUAAAGCCCUAAAUGGCUUUGGCCCAGUAUACCUGAAGGAGCGUCUCCCCACCACCACCAUUCAGGUCGAGCUCCAAGGGCCUUCUGGCAGUUCCCUCACUGCGAGAAGUGAGGUUACAGGGAACCAGGCAGAGGGCCUUCUUGGUAGUGGUGCCUGCCCUGUGGAACGCCCUCCCAUCAGAUGUCAAGGAAAUAAACCAUUACCUGACUUUUAGAAGACCUCUGAAGGCAACCCUGUUUAGGGAAGUUUUUAAUGUUUGAUGUUUUAUCGUGUUUUUAAUACUCUGUUGGAAGCUGCCCAGAGUGGCUGGGAAAACCCAGCCAGAUGGGCUGGGUAUAAAUAAUAGAUGAUGAUGAUGAUGAUGAUGCUACACUCAAGCAGUUCACAAGAAAGCAUGGGGGUGGGAAACAACCGAAAGUAUAAAUACAUCAAGCAAAGUGUUUUAUACUAGGGGCUUCCACUUCUCCUUGCAGUACUCAUCAACUCUGCCUAACCCUACCAACCUCUCCACCCGCCACUGCGUCCUGGCUUCUUGCAGAUCCAGGAUUGUGAUGUGGCUCCUAUGGAGACUGUGCGAUGACAGCCUUACACUUCUAUGUAUAUAGAAAGACAUACUAAAAAGGUAAAGGGACCCCUGACCAUUAGGUCCAGUCGUGACCGACUCUGGGGUUGCGGCACUCAUCUUGCUUUAUUGGCUGAGGGAGCCAGCGUACAGCUUCCAGGUCAUGUGGCCAGCAUGACUAAGCAGCUUCUGGCAAACCGGAGCAGCGCACGGAAACGCCGUUUACCUUCCCACCGGAGCGGUACCUAUUUAUCUACUUGCACUUUGACGUACUUUUGAACUGCUAGGUUGGCAGGAGCAGGGACCGAGCAACGGGAGCUCACCCCAUCGCAGGGAUUCGAACCGCCAACCUUCUGAUCAGCAAGUCCUAGGCUCUGUGGUUUAACCCACAGCGCCACCCGCGUUCCAUACUAUACUAGUUCCAUACUAUAAAAGACAUUUCAAAACAGUUUCACAAUAUUUUCAUACUAAAUGUGUGACUUCCUCUGACCUAGCAGAUGAAGAUGUAGUAGAUUGUUCAGUGGCAUCGGUGUAGAAUGUUUUUCUGUUCUAGGUGGCAGUGGCAAAAGCUUUCCUCUGGCAACUUGGUCAAAGUUUCACAUGGGGGUCUUGUUACUUGCCGAUGAGGAGAUUGGUGUGCACCUGAUUAAGAGGAAUCACAGAAUCCCAAAAUUGUAGAGUUGGAAGAUAUCUAUUUCAUAUUGUCCAGGGUUCUAGGUUCUCUAUUUCCCAGCUGCUGUUGCAUAUAAUUGACUGUGAACCAGUUUGGCCAGGGGAGAUGCAAAAUGUCCUGGCGUUAUAACCCGGGUAAGUUCUACUUGACAUUGCAAAGAGAAAAGGAGUGACAUGUCUGGUUGCUGCUUUCAGUAGCAGCACAGCAUUUCUUGUGGUCACCCACUGAACAUUGCUGGAUAGGCAGUUUGUACACGCUCAGAGACAUUGCCCUCUUCAGCUAGCAGGUGCUAUAAAAGAAAUUAAAGAUAGUACUCCUGUUGGGCAUUUGGAAAUAGUAUAUACAAAACAAAACAAAACCACCAACCCACUCGUAUUUCAUUUAUGUUACCAUGGAGGAUACGAUUUCAGGGCAGAAAAUGUGAGUCCUGGAUGUGGAUUCUGUAUUGAUUGAUUGAUUGAUUGAUUGAUUGAUUGUCACACUCCAUUAUGUUAUUACUGUCCAUCAUCAACAACAGAGUUCAGAAUAAAAAAUAUGUUAAAAAACAAAAAAACCCAACAGAGCUCAGUUUUCUAUGAAUACAAUUUACUGGGUGUAAGCCCUAUCAAAUGAAUGGGAUUGGAGAAAAAUAGCUGCCUGCAGCAGAUCACUCAUUCUGAUCAGACUACUCAGGAGAACACCUUUUUGACGGGUAAAGUCCAUCUUAGCUUACCUGUACCAGCCUGCCUCCCUCUCUCUCUCUCUCUCUCUCUCUCUCUCUCUCUGUGUGUGUGUGUGUGUGUGUAAAAAAAGCCUUUUAUAUUUCCUCUUACAAUCUUUUGCCCUUCCUUAGCUCUUUGUGGCUGCUUUUACCUUUUUUAUUAAUGGGAGUUUUUCAAUAGUUAAAUUCUGUUUAUCUGUUCAAGGACUUUAAAAAAAAAGAAGUUUAGAAAUGUAAAAUUAUUGCUGAUGUUGGAACACAGCAGUGUGUGAAAAUAUGUAAAUGAAAUGUUCCCUAUUCCUCCUCCUAUUUCCCAGUGGGUGCUGUACUUUUAAUUAAAAGAUUCUGGCGUCGCUGGAGAAGAUUAGGGAAAUCGCAUUUUUAAUAACGUUGCCUUCAUGUGAACAGCCUUCCUUCCUGUGAACAAGCCUCUGCUAUCUCCUGAGGAAAACUAUUAUUUCUAAAACAAUUGUCAUAUACUUUUUUUGUUUUUUAACUCCCUCUCUCUUUUGGCCUCCAGGCUUCCAAAGCGAAGGUCAGCAUCCCUCUGUCGGCCAUUAUCGAGGUGCGCACAACUAUGCCCUUGGAGAUGCCAGACAAGGAUAACACCUUUGUGCUGAAGGUAAGGCACCUUAGGUAGAGAAGCCCCCUGUGUAGCCAGGUGUUUGGCACAUCAGCCACUGGUGCCUACUUUCUUUAUUUGCAGUCAGCAGUCCAUUAAACUAAGGUUACCAGAUUUUUCUCAAUGAAUCCAGGGACACUUUUCAACUUCAGUGGAUUUUGUGUGAGGACUGAGAAACGGGGACGUCUGGUAACCUUUCAUUAAACAUGAUUCAAACCCAGAUCUCCAAGUCUGUCUCACACUCCUCCUCCAUUUCUGAAAGCCUGUUGCAAAAGGGAGAGGCAGAUGCACUAUUUCAAAGCGUUGUCCAGUUUUCGCCCUUCUACCCUCCUUGCGUGAUGAGCGCUCCUUUUUUUUUUUAAAGGUAAAGGGACCCCUGACCAUUAGGUCCAGUCGUGGCCGACUCUGGGGUUGCAGCGCUCAUCUCGCUUUACUGGCCGAGGGGGCUGGCGUACAGCUUCCGGGUCAUGUGGCCAGCAUGACUAAGCUGCUUCUGGCGAACCAGAGCAGCGCACGGAAACGCUGUUUACCUUCCCGCCGGAGCGGUACCUAUUUAUCUACUUGCACUUUGACCUGCUUUUGAACUGUUAGGUUGGCAGGAGCAGGGACCGAGCAACAUGAGCUCACCCCGUCACAGGGAUUUGAACCGCCGACCUUCUGAUCGGCAAGUCCUAGGCUCUGUGGUUUAACCCACAGCGCCACCCGCAUCCUCCUUUUUUUUUUUUACCCUUUCAUUAAAAUUGCACCGCCUGCCUCCCUGUAAGCGCUGGGCUCCCUUUUCUGAAGAGCCAACUCAGGGAUGAAACGAUGCCCUACGGGCAGGCCGGGUUGUCAUGGAGACUGGCCUAGCUGCUGCAUGAGCAGUUCCUUGGCAAAUCGAACUUAUGCAAACUUCCAUCCAAGCUCUCUGUCAGGGUGGACAAAAGGCACUUUUGUGAUGAACGAAAACGUUGACAUUUGCUUUGUGUUUGCACAAAUGGAUUUGGGGGAAUGGAUUUCAUUUGUUUCUGGUUUUUGGAGGUCCUCCCCCCCCAUCCAAAUUAAUUUUCCAGCUUCCUGAAUUUAUAGAGAGCAUUCAUGGGAUGAGGAUAGGAUACAGAGAGGCCUGGAGAUGAGAGAUGAGGUGGGGCAUCUUACUGGCUAAAUUUACUUUUCUCAAUCUUCCUGCCCCAGUCCAGCAACAAUCAUUGGUGAAUUAUUGCCUUUGCAUCAGUUGAAAUUUGAAGCCAAAACGAGAUGUGAUGUGGUUAGCCUUUGCAUUGUUAUUCUUUUUAACGGUUUAUAAAAAGAUUUAUAUACCACGAAAUGGACAAAAACCUCAAAGCAGUUUACAGAGAACAAUAUAAAAUAUUCAUUAAAAAUACCAGUAAACACCUUUAAUUCCCUUAACACAGCAUUCCAGUUUUAAAGAUUCUGAUAAAUGUGCACAAUUUAGGGGCUGGGAAUCCAAGGGUAUUUUUAGACCAUCGAGCGCACCCCAGCUUUUAGAAAAACCGGAGGAUGUGACACCUUCAUGGUUCCAGCUAGUUCAAAUUCACUUGUCUGCUAGACAUAUAGUUCAUACAGGGGAUUCAUUGAGAUAGUUGGCAUUCUUUGAAAACUUACAUAUUUCUGGGGGAAAUCUCAAGGGUGGAAUCGUAUCAUUUAUCAAGGUUUGGGGUCCUGUUUCAUGAAAUCUAAUGUGAGUUUAAAAGCUUUUUGGGAAGAUGACUUGGAACUAUCAGUGAUAAGUCUUUGCAAAGUGGUAUGGCAGAAACCCCUAUUAAGGUGUGUGUUGUUGUUUUUCCAAAGUUAAGGGAUCUGUGAUAAAAGUGAUGCUGAAAUUGGUUCACAUGGACCCAGGGUCUUCCAACAAGUGUUGGAAAGGUCGUCUAGGGUUGGGUACUUCCUUUCACAUAUGGUGGACUUGCUCCAUGGUACACUCUUUUUGGAUGUGGGUUUUGCCCCCCCCCCCCCAAAUUCUUCUGUUGCCUCUCAGGUUAUUCCUUAGAACCCCAGUUUCAACUCUGUUUUCUGUUGUUCCUGAGGAAAUGAAUCAAGUAAUUUUGUUGCUUUUAGCAGCAACCAAAAUAGAAAUUGCUCAUCACUGGAACCACUCCUCUAUUUUUACAUUAGAAGGUUGUUGGUGGUGUAAAGUUUGGAAAUUGGCUGUGCGAGAUAAAUUGACCCAAAAGAACAAGCUUAGCCGGAGCAAAAAAAAAGAAUUAAUUUGAGGAAACUUGGUCUCUUUUAACCUUUCUAACCCAACCUGUACUAGCCAUCCACUAAAUGACCAUCUUCCUUUGGUGGUCAGACCAUAUUUCCAGAUAUUAAGAUUUUAUUAUCCUCAUAAAUCUCAUCCUACCACUGUAUUUUCUUUUCUAGCGGGUUUUUUCUUUCUGUUUUGCUUUUGCUGUCAGAUAUAAUCCCUAUGUUUGCACAUACUGUGCUUAAAAUAUCUAUUGUCUCUUCCCUUGUUUAUUUCUUUUUAUGGUUAGUAUUAUGUCAAUAUUGAAAAUUAAUUUUAAAAUGCAUUAAAAAAACCAGUAACACCAAACCUUAUACACACACACACACACACACACACACACAUAUAUAUAUAUAUAUAUACACACACACACACACACACACAGAGUGGUACCUUGGUUGUUGAACCUAAUCCAUUCCAGGAGUCCAUUCGACUCCUGGAACCGUUUGAAAGUUAAGGUGCAGCUUCUGAUUGGCUGCAGGAGCUUCCUGCACGCAGUCAGAAACCGCGUCGGACGUUCAGCUUCUAAAAAACAUUUGCAAACUGGAACACUGACUUCCAGGUUUGCGGUGUUUGGGAGCCAAUUUGUUAGGGUGCCAAGCUGUUUGACAAGCAAGGUACCACUGUAUAUACAAAGAAGAUUGUCAAAAUAUGGGCAAAACCAGCAGUUUUUUUAAAACUAAGGGGUGCCCUUCUGCUCACUUGCCAUCCCUGCCUCAGUUUCCCUCUCUGUUUCAACUGGGAGAGCUGGAGAUUCAAGACUGCCUGAGUAACUUGUCUCCACAUCACCAAACCCUUCCAUUUUACCCCAGGUUCAUCUCUAGCUAUCCACCUGUACCCCCUUCUAAGGUGGCAGGGAGCUGCCUCUGUCCUCCACCUGCUUUGCAGUGUAGGGCAUGCUAAGAGUCCCAUCAAUCCGUAAAAUACCUCUCUAUACAAUGCUCCCAUGUUCCUCUCGCUCCUCCAGUUUCCUAUCGCACCGUUCUUUUGAGCAUAUGUUGGGAAGCCAUUUAUCUCCGCAGCUUCUAGGCUAGGAUGGAGGAAGCUGGGGAGUCAAACCAAGUUUGCCUCACCACACUUUAAACUCCCUAGGCAGACCCUGACCCCUUCCCUCUCCUACCCAGGUUUUAACCUUUCAUUUAGGGGAGGGAACAUCGUCCCUUCCCUCACCCAACAUGUAUUUCUCUUUGGGGGCAUGUUGCUCCUCUCAAAACAAAGCCUCCCCUCUAGGCCACACACCUGAACAUCUGCCUUUCUCCCAGCCGUAUAGUAGAGAGAGAAAUGCACACAAUAAAAUGGUGUGUUAUAAUUGCCUCCAAUAAGAAGGGACAUGUGAGACUCCAGGUGCUAGCUGGUGGGAGAAACACACUCUUUUCUUGAUCUGAGGAAUCAUUUUAUCACUUCAUACUUUUCUAAGGGUGAAUCCUGGAUCCCGUUGAGUCUUUGCACAUGUGUGUGGGAAUGUGGAGAGAUGAAGGAUGUCUUUUUGUUUUAAGAUACCACAAAGAAUGGCUUUUCCCUCCCUCUUGUGUUUUUUUCAUCCAGGUAGAAAACGGUGCUGAGUAUAUCUUGGAAACGAUUGAUUCGUUGCAGAAACACUCCUGGGUGGCAGAUAUACAAGACUGCAUAGAUCCUGGGUAAGAUGGCAGGGGGCGCUGAGAUUGGGUUUGCUGAAUGAGUGCCCUUGAAGUUCAGAAAAGCUUGUUGUGUAAAUGGCGAUAGGCAUAUGGCAGUACGGCACUCGUACUGCUCCACAGGGAUUUUAUUCAGAAUAUUUUUCAAGAUCCUGAUUUUCAUUAGCCUCCAAAUGGUACCCCCAAAUUAGUGGUAAACAUAUAGGCAUUUUUUUCAGUUUUAAGUAUUGUAUUCAAUGUUUAAUCUUCCAUACAUAUCAACACAAAAAAGACAGAUUAAACAGCAACAAAAAUCUGCAGUUCUUAUCCUCCUCCUCAGAACACUGAGAACCAGUAACAAACACUUAGAAAUACUCAGUAAAACCUACAAUAAUCCACAUAUUUCUUCCAUCUUAACAUGCAAAUAUUUUGUCUGUAACUGUAUUCCGUAAACCUUAUAUAAUAAGCUAACUUUGCCAUUAUUGUAUAGCCGCACAUUUUAUUGUGCUAUUCUUUGACCAUUGGGACUGUUGCCAUUCUCCAUUUGCCAGCAUAUAAAAUUUUGGCAACUGCUAACAGAUUGAGAGAUCAUUUCCUUAUGUACUUUCCAUAUUGAUCCUUCUACAUAAUUCAGUAGAAAUGUUGCCGGAUGAAGAGGAACCACAUCACCUAGGCCCUUCAUUCCAGCUAGGGCCCUUCUUGAAGCCAUGGAGGCUUCUGCUGGAGUCUCCACUCACCUGAGGCAGGAGGAGAGAUGUUAGCAAUAGGGGGUUUGUUUAUGGUACAUGGUCUGGUGCGUCUAAAACAGCUGUUCUUUCAUUUGAGAGAUCAGUGAAUCCAGAACACUGACACUUAAAAAAAAAAAAGAUGUAUGCAUAUACUUGCAGAGAGUCACUGGUGCAAUAUCUUGUAUCUUGCUCGUUUCUUCCAGAGACAGUGGGGACGACAUCGAACUCUCCUCCUGCACCCAGGGGGCCUGCCUGCCAAGCAGAGUGUCCUCUUGUAGCUGCGAGUUCCUGGCUGGUGGUAACAAGACUUUUAAAUCAGAUUUAUUUACUUUUUAAUGUGUUAACUCUGGCCCCAAUAACCCAUGCAUACAAAAAAAAGAGGCUUUUCUAUGAUUGGAGAAAGACAUUUGGGUGUGUGUUUUUUAGUUGAAUUAAAAGGUAGUACAAGUUCAAGUUUGUAAGUUUAUUGUCCUAGCCAAAGGCCAUGACAAACUUGCAGCAAUAGUAUUAAUAAAAUAGUACAGAACAUACAUCCAUAAUAUAGGAGAGAGGAUACCAGAGACACAAACAAGCUUAAAUCUUACUUGAUUUUGGAUUAAACCUCCAAAUCACCAAAACAACUUACAGCAAUUUUAUUUAACUCCCUUUUCCUGGUAGUUUGAUAGAGUCUGUGUUGCUUGGGGUACACACGCCCAUUUCUUAUGUCCUGCUAUAAUCCCGCUCAAACAGAUAUCUUAGGAUUUAAUGAAACUUUACUCCCUCCCUCCCCCCCAAAAAAAAUCAAUAAACGCAGAAUGUAUACCCAUUGGUGACAUGAUAACACUUGUAACUAAGUAUCUGAGCUUGAGCUUGAUGUUUUCCUGCUCCCUCCUACUUCCUUUUCCUUUUGUAUUGUGUCUCUUACAAUGUGAAGAGCUGAAGGCAGGGAUAUUUGUAAGUUGCUCUGAGAACCUUUUCUGGCUGAAGAGUGGGAUAAAAAUGCUAAUGACAACACGUGAAUUGGAAUCAUAGCAUUGUAGAGUUGGGAGACACCCCUAGGGCCAUGUGGUCCAAUGCAGGAAUUACUUUGCAGAAAAAGAGAGAAGUUGUUUGAAGCCUUGAGAAUGGAUUUUGGGGGUUUUUUUAAGAGCGGAAUUCUUUUUCCAGAUACCUCCCGGUUUCAGGACAGAUGUGCAGGCUCUGCUGCCCCAGACACUAUGCCAAAUCCUGCCACUGUUAUCACAGCACCGCAUGGUCGGAUCAGGGACUCUGCAGGAGAAUACAGAGCUCAUGUCCCAUUGGAUAACUUCCUACAGACUUUGGAGUCAUCAGCUACUGGUAGCCAUCCUGCAGGUACCGUGUUUCCUGGAAGAAAUGUGAACAGCUCUCCCCUGCUCCCCAUAACACUUUUUUUUCCUGUUAUUUGGAAUUGUGUACUUUGUACUCUGUUGGCCCACUGUUGAUACAGGUGCUUCAGUUUUGCUCAUUUUCCAGACAGAGUGCUAAUUUCAUUUCUGGAGCUCUCCUUCCCGGGACAGCCCUCAGCUAUGGCAAGUUUGGUGUGGCUUCCAAUUUGGUUGAACAGGGGAGGUCUAGUGGGGUAGCUGAGUGAGGCAGGUCUUUAAUACUGGGCUGGACAAAUGAACAGUCUGACCUGGUAUCAGGCAGCUUGCUAUGUCAAAUCAAAGCUCUGUGCAUGUGUGUGCUGUGCCCAGAUCAGUUACACAAGGUUUGCAGUUAAAUGGAAUAGCAUGCAUCCUUCCAACGGUUCAGAUGGUUUGCUGGUGUGUGUGGGUGCGGGUGUUUGUGUGCUCGCCAAUGUUCCUAAUUAUUUAUAUUCCACACUUGUACCAAUUUUCAGAACUGAAGGUAAUCCCAAAGCAAGAUCACAUGGUUCUGACUCAUAGGUUACAUUCACCUAAAAAUGUGAUCUGUGAAUUUGGCAAAACACAUCUGCCAUACAAAUACAACUUUCCUCACUGGAGAGCCUGCAUUGUGAAAGGACACCCUCCUGCAGAUGUUUUAGGGUGGCCACACUGCUUCAUUUCCAGUCAGUGCAUAUCCUGUAAGUUCCUGAUGAAAUCCCUUAACUUUUUAUAGCUCAAAGGUUCUGGUUUUAGUUUAGUUAGGCUAUAGCCCCUCCAAACAGCAAGAAUGUGUUAGCAUUCGGGAAGCACUGCAAAACAAACUACAAGCAGAAUAAAUCCACCACUGGUGGCUUGCUACUAUGUCAAGAACAUGCUGCAGAACACACCUUCAAUGAAUAACCCACCUGCAGAAUCUCACUUCCUUGCAGUAGAAUUUGGAACAUAAUAUUCCAGCAUUUGACUUCCUCCUCCUUCUUCUCUCAACUGGGACAGGGGAGGAAAGCGAGACGGAAGCGGAGCUCAACCUUCUGGACUUCCCUUGGUUCCAUGGGACGCUAUCACGGGUCAAAGCUGCUCAGCUGGUCCUGUUCGGUGGAGCCAGAAGCCAUGGGCUGUUUGUCAUUCGACAGAGUGAAACACGGCCAGGCGAAUAUGUGCUGACCUUUAACUUCCAGGGGAAAGCCAAGGCAGGUGACCAUUAUUCAUGAAUGGAUGGAUCUUUAUAACAAAAUUUAUAAAAAUAUACUCUCAGCUGUGGCCCUUCUUCCAUGGGAGGUCUGGAGGUUGGCAACAUGAGAAGAGACUUUCUAUGGCAGCUCCCUGCUUGUGGAAUUCUCUCCCCAGGAAGGCUCACCUGACACCAUCAUGGCUUAGCUUUAGGUACCAGCCAAUAACAUGCAUUUCCCACCAGGCAUGAGUGUUUUUGGCUUUUAAUCAUCUGGAUUGUCUUGUAGAUUUUAACGCAGUUAUAAUAUAUGCAUUUUUAAAUAUAUUCUAAGUCACUUUGAGUUACCUUGGUAGAAAAGUGAUCAAUACAUUUAAUAAAUAAAGCAAAAGUGCUGCUUGAUUGUAUGCAAAACCUCUAAGCAGUUUACAGACAUAAAAAUAGAACGAACAUUAAAAUUGUCAACAAAAGACAAGAGUUAACAUCAGUAAUUAUUAUUAUUAUUUGAAAUAGAAUUAAAAUUGGCAAUAGCCCAAAGCAGACUAAAACACACCCGCGUGUCGGGAUAGGCUUGCCUGAACAAAAAUGUUUUUAGCUGGCUCCGAAAAGAGAACAAUGAAAGUGUCUGUCUGGGGUCUAUGGGGGGGAUUCCAAAGUGUAGAUGCUGCCAAGCUAAAAGUUCAGUUUCUUACAAGUGCAGAAUUAAUAUUAUGUGGCACCUGAAAUGGUGGGCAUGUAAGGGGCAAGGCAAUCCUUUAAGGAAAUUGGUCCCAACUUGUCAAGGGACCGUUUUGGUUUUAUCCUGGAGCUACAACAGUUGUGUUUCCCUAGCUGUUAGCCUGCCUUGAGCAUUUAAAGUUAAGAUUUGAUGACUUCUUGGUUCACAGGAACCUGCCUUUAUACUGCUGGCCCAUCUAUCUCAGUAUUGUCUACCCUGAUUGGCAGCAGUUCUCCAGCUCCAAGCUGAUCUGCAUUGCCGCUGAAAGGUUUUGGUUGCAAAUGUAGUUUCAGGGAUGGGGAAUAAACCUUCCGGUUGAAAGGAGUCACUGGAACUUGGCAACAUGCCUGUACAUAGGCAUAAAAUAGUAAAACAGCCAGAGGCUUAGAAACCACCAACCAAAACCACGAUGACUACUUUGGCUUGUUAAUUGCCUGGUGUCUGGCAUGGAGAGCUUCAUGAGUGCCAGGUAGAGGAAAGCAGCCAAAAUCUAAAGACACGGCUGCCUUGCCUGCUCCCAAUAACAGAGGGGGAGGCAGUGGGAAUGCUGCAACGUGUCUUGCAGGCACAACAGCCCUUGAUUCUUUGCCACUACUUGGGGUAGUUGAGUGAGGGAUAUGUGUUCAUUUGCAUGCAUCAAGCAGAUGCAAAGCUGGCAGAUCAAUGGAAGCCCCAUGUUCUCCCAUCCUGUUCUGUUGGCGCCACCUCAAAUUUAGCUUACUGAAAUUAAAAUGAAUUGUUAGUAUGCUCACUCUACUUCUCUGAGCAGUGAGAAGUUCCAAGACAGCAGUGAUCCCCUCAGGUUUGGUCUGUUUUGCAUCGGCACCAUCUUACUUCCGUUCCUGAUGCUACACUUGAAUGUGUCUGUAUUGUGUCAACCUUUCAAAAGCCGAUUUAAGAACUUUGGGGGAAAUAUAAAAUUGGGAUAUAAGUAUUCUAAAUUAUUAAAGUUCCGGCUCAGAGCUUUCUUGGAAAUAACAGCUCUUUCUGAAAUAGGCACAAAUAAGAUUAAAAAAGACAUUGGAAGCACAGAUCAAAACACAACAAUAUGAUGCAAGUGGUCUUUAAGUAUCUGAAGGGCUGCCACACAGAACAAGCUUGUGUUCUGCUGCUCCAUUGAUUAGGACCUGAACCCAAUGGAUUCAAAUUGCAAGAAAGGAGAUUCUGACUAAAUAUUAGGAAGAACUAUCUGAUGGUAAGAGUUGUUAGAUGGUGGAACAGACUGCUUUGGAACGUGGCAGACUCUCCUUCAUUGGAGGUUUUUAAGCAGAGAUUGGAUGGCCAUCUGUCAGGAUCCUUUAGCUAUGAUUCCUGCAUUGCAGGGGGUUGGACUAGAUGACCAUUGGUCUCCCUUCCUACAAUAUUAUUUUACGAUUCUGUGGUAGCUGGUUAAAAAUCAUUCAUUCAUUCACCUUCUAAUCUCUUACAGCACCUGCGCCUGUCCUUGAAUGAAAACGGCCAGUGCCACGUCCAACAUCUCUGGUUCCAGACUAUAUUUGAUAUGCUGAGGCAUUUUCACAUGCACCCCAUACCCCUGGAGUCAGGCGGUUCCGCUGAUAUAACACUCCGCAGCUACGUGGUGGCCCAGAGUCCCUUGCCAGGUAGGUUAAAUCCCCAUUCUUUCUGUGUCAACCCCAGCUGAGGCCUGCCUGAGCAGAGAAUGAAAACCACAGAGAAUUCGUCUGUGGUCAGCUGUCUUCAUGGGGUUAGUCUCAUGCAACAAAAGCUAGAGUCUCGUGGCACCUAGAAGACUUUAACCAGUGUUGUUAUGGCUUAAACCUUUGUGGGCCUACAGUUCACUUCAUCAAAUGUAUGAAAUAUUGUCCUGCCACACAUGCAAACACACACUGUGCGUAUCUGUGGAAGUCUGGAUAACACUUUAUCCCAUCUGAUGAAGUGAACUAGGCCAGUCCUCAGUGUUUAAAAAACAUUGAUGGCCCUUAAUCAAAAUACAGUAGAUGGCCCAAUGUAACAGAAAAUAUUAUUUAUGUAUGUGACCACAGCUGUGCGGAUGUUAUUGGCCCAGAGAUGGAAAGAAGAUAAAGUCCUGACCAGAGAAGAAUGGCACAUCAAGUUGAUGGAUUAUGCCAAAGUGGCAAAAAUGACUGGAAGAAUCAGAAAUCAGGGAGACCAAAUUUUUAAAAAGAAAUGGGGAAAUUUAUAAUUUAUCUUAAAAAUCAUUGUAAACAGUUAAAAUCGUUAGUAGGAUUGGAAUAACACUUGUAGUUUAAUGGUGAAUUUUGGAUAUAAUGGAGAUGUAAAAGAUUUGGAUUAUUAUAAAAGAUGCAGGAGGAAAUGAUUAACAGUAGGUCCCACAAAGGGGAGGAGGGAAGUCUAGGAGAUUCUUUGGAAUCUUGUUUUUAUGAUGUAUGUUGGAUAUGUGAUUGUAAAACUUCAGUUUGAAAAACCAGGGAUCUGCAUAGGUCAGGUCCACUGCUGUGUGGCUGCUGAUGUCUGUGACAACUUCCUUCCUUUUCCUGUUUCAGAGGUCAGCCCGUCCCCCGCUGUGGCCUCUCAGCAGCCCACUUGCAGAAACGACCUGCAGUCGCAACACUACUUCUCCAGCUUUGUCCCUGUCACCUUCCAGCCAGCCUCCCCUUCUGAGGGCACCACUUCCUCUUCCUCCUCCUCGGCCAGCCACUCGCUGUACCAUCGGAUGGAGGGGACCCUGAGCGCCCGAAGCCGGAGCAACAGCACCGAGCGCCUGUUCGAUUCUGCCGCCAUUGGGGCAGAGGAUUACCAUGAAAGCGAGGGCUCGCGCAACAGAACCAGAGCCGUGGAGAACCAAUAUUCAUUCUACUGAUCCUUCUGAUGGGGAAUGGUUGGUUUUCAGUGUGGCCUGGUGUCUCUCUCUUCCCUCCCUCCUGGGUGGGGAGAUCUAAUAAGCCUGUUGAGGUUUCUGCCUCUUCGCUGGUUUACUGCUUAUCGUAACAGUUUUGGCAUUCUCCUGGCCUCUGUGUGUGUGUUUCCAUCUCUUUGGCCUACAAAGGGUUUCCUUCCCUGUCUUCUUCCCAUACUGCAAACUGAAGGUGGUCCUUCCUAUUCCUGUCUGGGCCAGAAGGAUGGCCAGUGAUAGCAAGCUCCUGAAGCUAAAGGACAGAGUGAAAAACACACACACCCUCCUGAUGGUUGCCACCUGGAUAUCAGGAGCAUGAUCCAGAAAUAGGGAUGCUCUUUCCUGCAUCUCUAUGGAGCCAGACCUCUUUACCUCUUAUUUGUUCCCACCCUAAUGGUCUCAUUCAGAUGGAAACAGGAAGUGUUUGUAAAACUUUAACUGCAUUGGGACUGAGCCCCCUAGUAGCUAACUCAUCACCAGGACCCAAGGGUUUUAGAGGGAAAGCUAACAAAGGAACUGUUUCUUGGAUUGCUGCUGUCUUGUGUGGUGUGGGUUCUGUGGUCCUCUUCAUCUUCACUGUAAAUAGUUGGGCUCAUGAUAGUCUUCAUCUUCUCCUCUUGAAGAACUCCACAUUUGGUGCUGGAGUACAGUUGUGUGCAAAGGAUGUAUGGUGCUGCCUGACAUGGAUGCAAACCAGAGGCAGAGGCUGCCCAAGGACAGGUACCAGUUGCUACCUUUUGGUGUGGACUAGAUGGACCCAGAAAUCUGACUUCAUAGGGGCUUCCACUCUGAGCAAUCACUGUGGAGGAAUGGCCACACCGUGUUCACCUACUUUUAUGGUGUAUCUGCAUGAUGACAUGCUCCUCCCAUGUGUUUUUUCCCUGUUUAGCUUCCAUUUUUGUGUGUGCCGAUAAUCCAACUCUUAAAAGAAAACCCACAGAAAACCCCCACAAUGGAACAGUUAUCUAGUUUCCCCAGGAGCAGCUGGCCCAUUGUGCUGCUAUUUAGUAGCUUCCUUGGCUGGAUAUGGCCUGUAUUGAUUGCUGCAGACUUUUAUUUCUCUAUAUAGUCCACCUCUCUUCUCUAGGAAUCAACUCUGUUACUUGUACCUCUUCCCUUUCCAAACAGUGUUCAUUUAUUUCUGUUUCUUUUCUCUCCCUGCCCUGCUCC